CUUUCUCUCAGCCCUGACACUGGAGGAUAGGCAGCGCGCAGCAUCGGUGGAGCUGCUCGUUGGUGUACAGACCGACGGAGAAUUUUCCUCGGUGCGUUACUGGACACGGAGGAACUGGGUUACUGACCAUGGGGUCACCUCACCACGAUCCCCAGCAUCCUUGGCGGUGUCAGCACACUUUACUGUCUUGACUGCAGCGCGUGAUCACGACGAUUAAAACAUAACUCAGGUUUUUCGGCGAGUCCCGGUCCGGGAAACUUUGUCUUUCCUUUCUUAUUAAUUAUCCGGAAUCGCGGGGAAUGGAGGUUCCUAAAUUCCUGCUUACGAGAGCAAUUCUGCUCUUUAUUGGAGGGAAUAUAUUAACCAGGUGAGAUAUGCCUCUCUAUUUACCACUUGCAGGUAGCCUAUCUUUGUGUCGCCCUUAGUGCAGAGCGCUCCGGGAAACUCCGCUGCAGGUAGCAUAUAUUGGGCAGUCGAAGACCAGCAUGUAGGUACGUUUAACACUAUUAGGAAAUGAUACAUUUACGAAAGCUCUGCUGACUAUUUCUGGUAAGAUUCAUCCCUAUAAUAAAGCAUACGAGGUUUAUUUCUCCACGGAGACAAAUUCAAAGUCAUCUUAAUGUUUGCAGUUCGGUGAAGCGGAUAACGUCACUCUUCUAGGCCCGCUGAACCAGUGCUGAAUUGUGAUGCUGACAUGACUUUGAACAGGCCUUUCUGUGGAUAAUGACAUGCGUAUAUUACAACAGAGCUGCACAUUUGAUACAUCCGCAGAGAAUGAUGGUCUGCUUUGAGUAGUUAGCAGAAGGAAAGGCACCAGUAAAUUUUAGCCAUGAUUUCUGUCUUGGCUGUAAGAUCUCAUGUUGAGUGCUUAUUUUUAUAGGAUUAGUGUCUAACUAUGAACAGAUGUUCUGCUGUAGAAAAUAAGUUACAUUAUGUCUUUUGCAGGUAAAGAGAAAAAUGUGCACUGAAGAAAAGCCCUGAUAGUGAAUACAUAUUUAUGCUAUUUUAACUGUCAUCUCAUUGAAAUUUAGUGGGACUGCUGGUUGUUAUUAUCCAGAUUGAUUACCUUCUCCCACAUAGAUCUCUGAAAUACCAACAGCACAUGUUUUGCCUUUGUGUUGUGGUUAGCAAAGAUGUUUGUCUGCAAAUGUAAAAUUUACAUCCAUGUUUUCCAUAGAGGUCUACUGUACAAUAUUCUCGGUGAAGCUGGCAAACCUCCAUGCAUUUGUUGAGAGGCUUUAUAGGCAGCCCAUUCUUAAAAACAUCUACCACUGAGCUCCCAGAGUUCAAAGCCCAUUUACUGGCAAGUGCCUCCUUUGUAAAGGGCAGAGAGGGAAGCUGCUUAAGCUUUCGGUCAAAUUUCGGCAAAUGGCAUCCAUAGUCCCUCUUGACAUAAUACCAGUAGGGGGCGUAAAAGCUUUUGUAUUUUCCUCCCUGUCGUCUCUUUUUGCAGUAGUUAGUUCACAAUGCAAUAGAGAGUGUAGGCUAUUUGUGCUAUUCAUCAGCUCUUAUUCUUUCUGUUUGGUACAAUUAUACAUGCACCAACAGAUUAUGCAAACCAUGUUUCUGAAUGUGGUAUUUUUAUAACCUAUUUUCUCAAGCUGAGGUUUUACUUAUCCUUCUUAAAAAAGUAGUCAUGUAAUUGAUAGUGUAAUAUAUUUACUGAUUUCCCAUAUAAUUGUGCCCUACAAGAAUCUAUUUACAACCCAUUAGAUGUGGUUUAAAGACAGAGAAGCUCUCCACACAGUCAGUGCUGGAAGCAUGAAAUCAAGACAGUUGGUGAGGAUGGGCAUGUAACAGGUUACGUCACUUGCAUUAUGUAACUUCCCUACAUAACUUCCAAUUGUAUGUAGCCAACUUAUUUUAACCCAGUUCAAAAUUUCUUGCCCGACUUGCAGCGUGUAAUUUCCAACUAUAGCAUUGCUGUUUCAGUUGCAGACUCACCACUGACCAUAUGUCAACCUCACAUCUUCAGUUGGUGUUGUAUCAAAUAUUGCAGAAAGCAAGUAAUCAACAUUUAAAUAUUAGUAUACAAAAACAAUGAUUAAGUAUGUGUGAUCAACAAAUUCUGAUGGCCAAAAUUCAACUGUGAAUGUACAAAGACCCAGUAAACAACAUUGAGGACCAAGAUUGUUGAAGCUUUAAGGUCAUGUAUGAGCAAUCAAAGAACAAGAACUUUUGGUGUGGUUGAUUUGAUGGCAAUGUAACCCUGUGAAGAUAUAAAGUAGAUUUUUUUGUGGGUUUGACUCCUGGCACCCUGUUUCUUUCCCAUCCAGUCCCAAUGUUUUAAGUCUCUGUUGAAGCCACUGUAAAUAUUUACUAUUGUAACAUCCGACCAGCUUCUUUAUCAGGUCUUCCUUGCCCUAGGUCUCAUGAUCGUAACUUGUUGGUCUUAAAUUCCUACAAAAGCUAGUAGUAAGGUAGUAAGCACUGGUCCUCCUCUUUUUCUCUGAGCAUACAGGAAAGUCUGUUGAACUACUAGCUGCACAGCAAAUUUAGUUAAUGAGUCAUUGGCAGGUACUUGGGAUGUCCCAAUCCUGAGCUUGACUAUUGCAUCAGAGGAUUUUUUUAUUGAUCUGUGAUCAACAAUUUGAGCUGAUCAUCUAACCCAGUCAUUUAUAUCAGUUAUCACUAAGCACAAUUAGUGCAGUGAGUGAUUAUGCCAGUAACAUAAGGUGCUUACAGUAUAUACCGCCAUUAUUUAUGCCCCAGGUACAACGGUCGGGAGCGGUGAUGGGGAGAGAGACAGGGGUGAUGUGUAGCUUAGAAGCUGACAGGGCAUAACAGCACUGUACACUAGGGCUGCCACAAAUGAUUAAUCUGAUAAUUGAAGUGACUACGAUUAUUUUUGCGAUUAAUCGGAUUGUGUAUUUUUAAUUAUUGCAUUACUGUUUUUAAUCUUAUUGGGAACAACCUGGUUAAAUGAAGGUUAAUAUGUAUAUAUUUAUAUGUGUGUGUGUGUGUGUGUGUGUGUGUUUGUAUGUAUGUAUGUAUGUAUGUAUGUAUGUAUGUAUGUAUGUAUAUAUAUAUAUAUAUAUAUAUAUAUAUAUAUAUAUAUAUAUAUAUAUGUGUGUGUGUGUAUAAAACAUAAAAUUGUCAAACUUACUAUUAACAUUUACAUGUAAAGCAAACUAUUUUGCUCCCAAAUAUUGACGGUAAUUGUAUUAGCAUCUAAUUAGCCAACUAGCUUAAUGAAGCAAUGGUCCUUCUCCGGCGUCCUCUUUGUAAGUUUAAAGGUGUGUGGAUGGCUUUUUAUUGUCCUCGUGAGGAAAUUUAUUUGCAGUGAGUUGGAAAAAAAAAACAUACACAAAGACAACAGCCAUACACAAUUCAUACACCGUCCCACAUAAAAACAAACAACCGGGGAAAGACAAUAUAAAAAUAGCAAUGUACUGUACUUUUAAAAUAAAAAAUUAAAAAUACAUUAAAAAGUAUCCAAGUAAAUAGUCUAAUAGUUUGUAUCUGUGCUCAGACCAGUUGAACCAGAAUCUAAAAAUAAAAGUAAAAGCUGCUCACAGUUAUUUAGUUUAUUUAAUUAUGAGAUGAUACAAAUGACUGUCUGGACCUGUUCUUGGUGAGGGCUGGGCACUGGUAUCUAUGACCUGAGGGGAGCAGCUCAAACUCUCUGAACAAGGGAUGUUUUGAGUCUGAAAGUAUUUUCUUAGCUUUGUUCAGGGCCAGAGGAAAAUAAAUAUCCUGUAGACUUUCUUAACACUUUACAAAGUAGGCCUCAAUUUAAUUGUUUUUCAUCGUGAUGGCGGUUUGUACUUUGGUUCAACAAACGCCAUCAGCUCACUGAAGCUGUCCCCUUCAACAAAACUUAAUGGGACACGUCUCCAGUCACCGUUUUAGUUAUUACUAGCAGGCUAUUAUUCUCUGCUGUGGUAUCAUCACACUGGUAUCUACUACCAGGGCUAGCAAAUGCUGGAAUGCAAGACUGCCUAUCAUAUGUUUCAGCAUUCUUCUCCCUGAGUUUGGAGCACAUGUGAUGGAGCAUUAAGUUAGCAUCUCUAUGAUAUGCAGGUUUAACUCUGUAUAUCUUGAACAGCACAUUAUUGCCGUUCUUUUUGGCAAAAAUACUUCCACAUAUCACUUUUCCUGGUCAUGGCUGACAUGCAGCAUGUACCCGUAAGCUAAAUGAGUUGUGGUAUUCUAGCUAAGAACAUUGCAUGUGCUAGUAGUGUAAUAAUACUCGAGUAAUGACAGUGACGCGUACUUGAUUACUCAAGUAUUUGUCCCCACCCCUUAUCCAAAGCUUAAACUUAGUUGCACAAACAUUUGCACGUAGCCAGAUGAUUGUCAGUCAUCCAAGUGAAAUAAUGAAGCACAGACUAAAAUGUAGUAUAGAAUUAUUUAUAUGUCACAUUUGGAUCCUUGGACUCAAUUUUCUAAUAUGAAUAAUCAAUAUUUGCAGGAUUAAAUACAUAAAGCACAUACCUGUACAUACACCGUCAUGCUAAGUAAAUGUGGCGGCUGCCAGGUUAUAUACACCAUUAAUGCAAUUAAUUUGUUAUAGCUAAGAUAGGACCACAGAAGUUGCUCUUUGUGUUCCUCAAUUCACAAUAAGAUUGGCUGUGGCUCAGUGGUAGAAUUGGUCGUCUCUGAAUCAGAAGGUCAGGGGUUCAAAACUAGAUCCUGCUGUCCACAUGCUCCUAUAUGGAUUAGUUAACACUACGUGAUCAACUGUGUAAAUACUCAGAUGCGUUUUUUUGUUAAGUACGUAGACAAGGCUACUUCAAGUGCCAGUGGAAAUGUGGACGGCAAAUAAGCUCCAUCUAAUGGGGUCGAUUUAAAACUUACUUUAGCAUGAUUUAUGCGCAGCUCCUCACGAUCAAUGCAGGCAUUCUUCCUGGCUUCUUCGUUCAGAAGAUCACACUGCUUUCAAGGAGACAUGCUGUGACCUGUCAAUCAGAAAUCCAACCUCUGAUACAGUGAACGCCACAGUAAAUGCCGCAUCAUCAGCCCAGCUCACUCAGUCACUUCAAGCAGUUUUGUGCUUUUAUUUGUCCGAUAACUUGCUAAUUAAUCAGCUGUGUGAUCACCGACGAUAGCUUCGCAAAUGCUAAUACUUGGUGCACGCGAGCUCCACCACACAUUUGUCCUUGCAGUUAUUUAGCAAAAAAAUGGUGGGUCCCAAAAGACAACAACAGAGUCUCUCCAAGCUAUGAAACUUAUCUAGCGCCAUAUCUUACUUAGCAAUGUAAACACACUGUUGCCCUCAAAAUGGCGGCCGCGUCCCACAAUGCAUUGCGACAUCACAUGCCUUUUCGAGUCUUCCUAUUUUUAUAAUAUUCCCAAUUAGUUUUCCCCUCAGCUCCUCCUCUCCCCUCCAUCUCUGCUCCAACAAGCCCCGCCCACAAACAGACGCUCCUGCUUGCUCGUAUCAUUCCAAUUAAAUUCAGAUGUAAUGCAGAUAAACACUCCAGAUGAUUAGAAAUGGGGCCCAGUCAGCGUCAAAGUAAAAAGCAUUGGUGCUACUGUAGAUGCCAACAGACUACCAGCAGCAGGUCCCGUUUGACAAGAAACACUUCUGUUACAGACACUUGGCUUACUUUGUUGAAGGGGUCUACCUGUCCAGCAAAAAGGUUACAGGGUCUGUAAGACCCCGAAGCGUCUCCCAUCUUUAAUGCUGAUGUUGACCUGGCUUUUUUACUCUUGCCCGGUCUACCUCCGUUUUAAGCACCCGUUAUUCCCCCAGAGUCUCUGGUAUUUACUUUGUUUUAUUGCUUGUGUUGACAGUCAUGGCAAAAGGAGGAUUCAGACAAUUUUCUGUACUUUCUGGUUGGUUUCUGCCGUCCAAUGUUGUAGCACGCUAACUUUGUUUGGGCAUGUGCACGUGAUUGGAGGAUGUGGAGCAUACCUCACAUCACGAUGGAGCAGCGUCUGCCUCACAAGCAAUCAGCACUAAGGACCGUCCACCUGAUUGGUUGGGGAAGGUGGAAAAUGGUUUUGUUUACAGUCAGAAAGAGCGGGCUGCUCAAAAAUUUUAAAAUGUGGACUACAUAGACAUUAAAAAAAACAGCAAUAUCAUUAUAUUACCAAAUGUCAUACUAACUAACUAACAGCUAUUGACUGAUAUUAAAGGCUUUUUUGUAUACGUACAUCACAAAAAAGAUGCUUCUUUAACCAAAUCAUACCUUCCCCAUCUUUAAGCUGAAAAGCAAUGUUUAAGAGCUUUGUGAAUGUAAAAGCGCAUUAAUAAAAAUGCACUGUUGCACAACUCUUGUUAAUUUGGUUUCAUUUCAAGAGAUUAUUCAAUAAAUUAUUGAACUUAAUACUAAUGAGAAGGUUUUCAAUAUUUAUUUUAGUUAAAUUGAUUGUUAUAUUAAUUGGGCAAUAAAAAAUAAUUGUUAGAAUAAUUAAUAAAUUAGUUGAUAAAUUGGUCGAUAGAUUAGUUAAGUAAUUGAAUUAAUAAUUGUUAGAUUAAUUGAUAGAAAAGAAAAUAAUAAAUAGGUGCAGCCCUAGUCAACACUAAUGGGUGUUUUGGAUAGCCUCUGCCUGUAGUGAAUGAAUAUGCUGUGAAUGUGUGAAUGUAGUCCGUUUACCAUUACAAAUAUUAUCCCAAAAUACUCAACAAAAGGAACAUGUAUAGGUAGUGCUCUAUGUUGCAUCUUUUCAAAGAGGCAAUACAAAAUUACUAUGAGGAAAACACUUGGCACAUUAUGCAUAGUUCCAAGGAGAAACACUCUCUUACUGGGCAGUAACCUUGAGCAAACAGGACUCAUGUAGUGAUUAGCCAUCUGCUGCAACUGUGUUGAGCUAGGUAAGCAAGAUAGAGAGAAACGGUGUGAAAGAAAGAGAAUUAUAGAUAAAUCUUCUAAUAAACAAUAAGACCUAGAAUGUCGAAAUGAAAAGCUGUUUAAUGUAAGGAGAAUAAGCAAAAUUUUCAUUAAACCAGUUCAAGUCACUAGUUUUGAUGUUAGCAAUAACAAAUACUGUAUAAUGAUGAUAAUGGAGAGGGCUAAUCAUAUUGAAUGAGAUCCCAGCUUUAAGACUGAUAUUGACAGUUGAUAAUGAAAACUAGAAAAUUUCCUCUGGGAAAUUUUGAGAGGGCCACGUGUGCUACUGCCAGGGUGUAUACAUUAUGAUGAGAUUCUUCAGAGAUUUCAAACAAUUAAUACUAGUAUAUCGAUAUAAACAAGGAGUACACGUACAAUAAACAUUCCUUUUUCAAGUAUUUAUUAAGGAUCGACCAAUAAUCGGCAAGCAUUUUUACAAAAAUCUGCAUUGGCUGUUUUAUCCACCAAUAGCCGAUGAAACAUGUUUAUUUUAAAGCGCGCUCGUUUGACUCUUACACAGCUGCCUGCUGUGGAGCUCCCUUCAUCCUUAUCAAUGACUCCAACAUGUUUGCAUUUCAGGAUGUUGCGUGUAUAAUCACUGCAGUUCUCCUGUGCCACUAAAUCGCUUUUGCAAAGCUUGCAUGUAACGCUUUUUUUACCUUUAAAGCAUGAAGUCCCUCCCACACUCAAAAAGAGUUGGGUCAAACCAUUUUCACUGCGUCCACCAUUUGUAUAAUUUACUGAAUUUCAUACUGCAUCUUACUCUGUUCAACUCCCUUGCAGGUUGAGAUUUUUUUUCUUAACUUUAAGUAACUUCCCAUUGACAAAGCUCUGCAGGUGAAGCUAACGGCUGACUCUGCGUCAUGGCAAGUGACGCAUAAAUGCACAACACAAGGAAUUGAUAAUGAAAUUUGUUGCAGACACUUUAAAUAAUCGAUUUUUAUUGAUUUUAUCGACUCCUUGUGGCAGCUCUAGUAUUCAGUAAAUUAAAAAUAACACAUGGGCAACAGCAAUGUAUUCCCAACGUGUCUAUGCUAUUCUGUGUGUGAAACUAGAUGCAAUGCAACUGUUGCUACAGCAGGGGCUAACUAGCUAGCUCACUUUCUUCUCACAAACUUCCUUAAAAGCAUACACAAAGUAUCACAGCAACACUCUAGAAACCUUUUACAAGUUAACAAGUGCUUCUGACAUAUAAUUCAUGCUUCCAUACCAGUACCAGUGCCUGAUAACAGGGAGAAAUAAUCAUGAGGGUAAGGGAUUAUGUUUUCUCUUUUAGAGCUUUACUUGAAUGAGAAAGGCACACGGCAAUCAGUUUUGCUAACUCCUCAGUAAGAAAAGUUGACGCCAUACCUGUCAGAUACCUGUCAGAGUCUCCAAACUCCAGAAAAAGUCACUAGAUUUGUCACUAGGCGCUUUUUCUGAGAAUGAGUUGCUAGCGGGGUCUGAAAAGUUGCUAAAUCUAGCGACAAAGUCGUAAGGUUGGCAACACUGACCGCAGUCUCCCUGCUAUGCAGGCGUAGGCCAAAAAGCACACAGAUACCUGCAACUCAGAAAACUUAAUAGAUUACCAACACAUAUAACACAUAUAACUAGUGCUGGGCGAUAGGACGAUAGAUAUCGUGGGCACGAUAGAAAAUGUCUAUCGUGCCAUUUCUAUUUUUAUCGUUUCGAGCGAUAGGCUGUAUUUUAUCCAUAGGGCUUGUGCCAUCAGAUGAUUCAUAGUAACAACAACAAUUAUUGCACAUUCAGUAAGUGUAUUUGGUGUCAAACGGGAAAGAAAACAAUAUUUUCUUACAAAGAAAAGGAUGCGUUGACAUGUAGGCUCGCAUUUCUCUUUCGAUUUUGCGACAUGACGCCCCUUUACGUGCCCUCUUCGUGUCCAGCGUCUCCCGCUGUUGCAGGUUGCCUGGGUUACACACGUGAGGGGAUCAUUGUAAGCAGUGCUUAAUUUGUGCCAGAGCAAGCCGGAGCGCGCUCCGGUACCUCUUUUGAUUGGAUCCGGGACCUAUUUCAGCCGCUCCGGCACCUGUUUCAUCUGCUCCGGGACCUUCCCUGUAGAGGAUGACAUUUUCCGGGAAUUCCCGUGGGUCACUUGAUUCCCGCGGGAAUCCCACGGGAUGGGAGUCAUUUUUUAAUUAAUCCCAACGGGAAAAGCAACGGGAGUGGGCAGGAGCGGGAACAACAUUAAUAGAUGAUCAUUUUCAGCCGUGUUAAACAACCAGAUGAACAGGUGCGUCCAUUUUUGUAGUCAUCUCUCAGUGAGAGCGAACACUCUUGACCGCGCUAGCAACACAAAAAAACCACAACAGUGGUUUGACUUCCUGUCAGCUGGGAGCGCGGCUGCGCAUUUCUACCCUUCAAGCCAGGAGCGAGGAAACGUAAUUUUGUGACAUUCUGUAGUUUUUCAAUCAUUUCUGGAGUCGUGGCGAAUCAAAUCACCUUACCUGUCUGCCCCUGAUAGGCGAAUAAAGCGCUCGGAUUCAUGCUCGGGUCUUGCUACGUGCUUCAAGAGUAAAGUAAACAGCGACAGAGGCAGAGAGCAGCUUUGGAGGAGAAACAUCCACCAGUGUGAACAACCUCUUCAAAAGAGCCCUAAAGACCUACCUUUUUAAUAAAGCCUUUGGUUAGCUUUCCUCUAUGCUUUUACUACCUUGCCUCUUACAUUGCAACUCUAUAUUCUUUAUUUUUUUUAUUCUUUUAUGCUUUUUUUUAUGCCAAUCUGUGACUAUCAUUUAUUGCUUUUUUUAUUGUUCCUGCUCUUUUUUUACUGUGUACUGUAGCACUUUGAGAUUUUUUGUAAAUGUAAAGUGCAUUACAAAUUAAAUUUAUUAUUAUUAUUAUUAUGGAGCGCUUUGGCUCACACUAUUGGCGUUUUCUGUGAGUGUUGCAUAACUUUGGGUGAGCACAGACAUGAACGCACUUCAGCCACGUUUUUAUUUAUUCAUUUUUCUAGUUUUAAGUGCUGGUCUUGUACUGGCACUGUACUAGGGCAGCUGUAUACACUUUAAUUUUUCAUAGAACUGAAAGCAUACCAUAGUUAUAUCAUGGUAUAUCGUUAUCGUGAUAUAAAAUGAUCCAUAUCGUGAUAUACAUUUUUUUCCAUAUCGCCCAGCACUCCAUAUAACCUAGUAUAAUGUAAGUAAAGCACUCUUGUCACAUACAGUUUGAUAGUAAUAUAUGACUGUUUUUCAACUUUUAGAAUUAUUUGUUUCUACUUAAAAAAUAUAUCAUCUUUAGAUUUCAUCAAAUUAUGAACUUAACACUUCCUUUUUGUCUAUUGAAACAUCAUGUUAAAAUGUCACAGAGGCUUAGUGUUUAAAUUCUAUAAGUCUUUAUCCUUAGAUAAACUCAUUGCUAGAGAUUUGCAGUUUGACCAGGAUCAGUGUACAAUUACUUUUCCACAAGUGACAUGGAAAAAUUUAUAUACAAUAGCACACGACCCCGAUCAAAUCACGUUUUGAUAUGUAAUUUGUCCUACAACUCUUCAAGCUGUAGGACUGGUAGUGAAUCAAAAUCUGUCCGGAAGAGGACUAAGAAAAAAUCCACAGUAGAACAACAGUACCUCAAGGCUUCCUUAUCCUUUAGUAUAGGGGCCAGUGGCUUGGUGCAUUUGCCCCGUGGCUCUAACAAAGUUAAAUUGAUACAAUUAAUUGUAGCAGCAUGAGUCAGGGAGGUCCAUGGCAGUAGCCAAUGGAUUGAGAAAUGAGAUGGAGGAGCUUGUCUCAUGGGGAGAUAUAUGCUUGAUAAAUGCAAUCAGUGAUGCUUGAAAUAAAAGUUGCAGGGGUUGAAUGCGUUAAUAUGACAUAAAUGCAUAGAGAUAGAGAGACUUAACUCGGGGGAGACAGAAACUUUGUGCACAAGAUCCAACAGCAAUUUGCCCCAUGGCAGCAAAACCGAGGUGUAUCUAAGCCUUAUCCAGGCUAAAGUAUAACUAUCAAGCAGUGUUGGUAUCAUUUAACAAAUACCAGUAUUUACUGUUGGCUGCCAGACAACUCCAUUAUUAUUUUGGUGUGCAUGUAAACAGAUGGGAGUUUUUUAGACAGCCACAAAGAAAUGCAGGUUUCAUGUAGGAGGUGCCUUAUUCUUUAUUGUUCAUGUAUCAACAAUAUUAGUUUCUAGAUCAGUGGUAUAAGUAUUAAGUAAAGCAACACCUCUAGAAGGCCUAAUGACAUUUACGUAUAAUGACCCUUGUGAUUUUUGCCCUGAACAGUCAUUUAGUAAAUGAAUUCAAGUAAAUGAUGAAAAUAGUGUUUCUGCUAGAUGUUCUUCAAAAACAAUCAUUAAUAGGGUAAUUGACUAUUUAAAAUAACAUUUUAAGUUAUAGCAGUUAUAGGCUAUCUGUAUAUCGGUAUUCCUAUUAGAGCAAGUUUCUUUUUGUUUUCUGCAUUGUUCUCUGUCACUUAGGGCCUGUCAAUAUAGACACCCCCCAUUGUGAGAUACAAAGCCAAAUAUCAACUAGACUGUGAUGUGAUGGUGGAGACAAGUGAUGCACAAAAGUGAGCUGGCUGGUAGAUCCACAGCCCUGACCUUGCACCCCUUCUGUUAGCCAAAACAUGUAUCUAAGAAAAAAAAAGAAUCUAAGAUCCGUCAGGUUUGUACCAGGACUGUUUGACUAUCAGACUUUCACGUCAUGAAAAAAUGUGCACUAUUUAUGAAUCAGCACUAUUUAUGUUCAGUUUUAUCUGCAUCACCAUCCCUGUGACAGGACUUAAAAUUUCAGAAAAUUCCCCGUUAGGGCUUCAAGAUUUUGGAAAAAACUAACAUUGCAAUUUUUUUCAACCCUGUGAUAUACAUUCCUAUAUUAAAAAUAUAGGAAUUUUAGUCUAUUUUAGAGUUUCCUGAUCAUUUACAACCCCCCUGUCUGCCUAAAAGUAGGUGACCAGAUGUCCCCGAAUUGGGUGACCUGUCCCCAGCAAAAGCUGUCCCUGAAAAUGUCCCAGAUUUAAGCAUUUCAUGAAUGAGAACAAAAAUGCUGCGUGAAGGCUAGAACAACGGUUAUUACAGUAGCCAAAUGGGUAGGAAGCACAAGUGAGCAGUCCUGAACAACAGUUUUUACGCGGGUUAUUACAAGGGGCAUGUGCUGCUACUAAAUAGUACCGAGGCUUGCCUGGGCCAUGAAACACCGCCAGUGGACUACUGAAGACUGGUAGAAGGUGUUAUGGACUGAUGACUCAAAAUUUGAAAUCUUUGGUUCAUCACGUAGGAUUUUUGUAAGCCAUCGAGUAGGCAUAGUAUGGUUCCCCAGUGUGUGACAUCAACUGUCAAACAUGUAGGAGGACGUGUGAUGGUCUUGGGCUGUUACGUAGAUUAGUAUCAUGACGUACAUGAUGGCGCGUGCAUGUGUGUGCACAAUAGUGUGUGAACAGAGAGCGCUUGUGUGUAGGUGUGAGUGUGAAAUGAUAAUUGCCAUUAAGAACAAUUUAUGUAUAAUUAAUCUGAUAUUGUUUACUACAAUACAGAUUGUAGUUUAUUGUUUAUUGUUCGUGUUUGUUGAAAAAUACAUUAUAAGAGGACCUUGAAAAGUAAUUGCAUAUUAAAUCGCAAUUGCAUUAUUGUGGAAAAAAAUUCACAAUCAAAUUAUUUUCCAAAAUUGUUCAGCCCUACUGGAAUGUACCUUGAUUCAACCUGUGGUCCUCUCUGACAUGAUUUGCCCUGCUGUACAAGCCACGCACUAUACUAAGGAAUUAGUCAUCUGAUACUGAAACUUCUUUAGUCUCUGUGGCAGGCGGCAACAAGAAGAAAGAUUUGCUACUGCCCACUUUUAUCAGCCUGUUAAUGACCCCUUCUCUUGUUCUUCCCUGUAUGCCUCAGGAAAACCUGAUGCUUCAGCAAAAUAACACAACAUGUAGGUUACUGACAAUAACAUUAAAGGAAGUUCAAAUCUGACCAAGUCUGUCGAACAUAGCUGGUUUUAGAGCAGGCGAUAAAAUAAUUUAGUGCUUUAAUAUUGAUAGCAGAUUAAAUCAGUAAUAAGAUAAACAGACAUCUCUUUCGCUAAAUAAACUACUUAACUUAUAACAUUGUUUUUAUCAAACUGAAGGUUUGUGGUGGUAAUACAGUUCAUCUUUGCUCUGUUGAAGUCAUGUGCAUUAGUGUUAAGGUUUCAGAGUUGUGCUGUGUAUAGUUAAUUGGAAAUAAAGGGUGGUAACCAGUGUGCAUGGUGUGGUGAACUCAUAAAUUUGUAGACCCAAUAUUUGAACAUGAUUCCUUACCGUCCUUAACCAUAGCAGCAGAGCAGAUUUAUACAGCGAUAAUUCAUGAUGUAUCAAAAAUUAAUAUUUUCCUCCCAUAAAAUCAGCCAGACUGAAGCAGUCAGCCUUAGUCAGAAGAAUAACUCCACUAGCAACUCCACAAUACCAUCACCUCUAACUGGAGCUUUAGACUGUGUUUAGCCAGUGCACCCAAAGAGUCUGGCAAGGUGAAAUGUGUAAAAGAAGUAAUUGGCAGUCUGUUUCCUGUGUUGGUGUGAAUACAUGCAUAAUAUAAGUAAGAUAAAGAUAGGAAUCAUUUUUACUGCAUGAAGUUUUGAAACUUGGCAUUAUCUGCUGGCCCCCUCAAGAUAGCAUCACUCCCUCUUCAAGGAAGAUAUUUUUCUCAGCCCUUGGUUACAUGGCAUUACCAUAUUACUUAUUUAUGCAUGUCAUUGUUUCAUAGUAAUUUUAAAGAGGUAGUAUUUUGCAAAAGCCCUAGAACAGACCAUAAUUGAACAGGUUCCUAUGCUGAUUUGAAGUAGAGCAUGGCUAUGAAAUAUUUUCACCACAGAGAUCUUCAGAAGUCAGGGCUUUUUGGGAUAGCUGAUGUUCUGUCGUGAUUUUGUAAAGCCUGUGCUCUCUGUCCAUCCUUCAGCAUACAGUUGUUUUAGUUAUUUUAGACAUACUUUCUGACAGCUGUGAAACACCUAAAAAAAUCCCUUCACAUAACAUAAAAAGAUGCUGUUGUGACUUAUGGACAUGAAGUUUCCUGCAUUAUUUUUUUCAAAUGAUGUAAGGUUACAGGCAUAUAAGAUACAUUUGUCAUCGUGAACUCUUUCUCUUGUCCCCUCUCUUUGUCCUCCUAACUCUUUUUCUCUAUUUGCUUUUCCCACCUGACUGUAAAUUAGAGACCACUUAUGAUGUGAAUAAAGUGGUUUGUAAAGGGAAAAAAAAUUAUGAAGACAAUAUAUUGAUAGAUAGUUCAUGGGCUUAUUUUGGUGACACUAAUAAAGUAAGACUGUAGAGAGCAGCCGCUCCCUCAGCCAACACACAGUCUGCAAGCUGGACCCAUCACACGCCCCAGCUGUCCUGCAGCCAACACACAGUCCAUUUAAGUGUGUGCAAAACAUUAUGUUUACAGAAAGAGGCCAAUCAUUUGAGUAAGACUACUUCCUUUUGUCUUCCUUUCACAAGGUCCUUCCUUUCCUUACUGUAAGCUGAUAAACAGAUGGAUGUAAAUCCAGGUCUCAGAUGUUAAAUAGAAAUGAAAUCCAAAAGGAAAUACGUUGACAAUGGAUGGAGAGGCAAGAAUAUGCAGAAGUGUUUAGAGAAUCCUCACAAAAAGAGGAAUGAAAUGUUGAACCCUUAACAUGUCUUUAAAUAGCAUACAGCUUUAUUUUUUCCUCUUGGAGAACAGCACGUGAACAUUUUUUUUUUUUCUGGAGACAAACAGAUGCCAAAUUAGAUCAGACGUCCAGAAAUAACCACUUAUGUUUUUAUAUAAGCCUGUGGAGAGUAACAUUUUUGAUCAAUUAUCCAUUACUUCUAAAUAAGUUCAGAAUUUAAUGCUCAUAAAUGAAAAAUGAGAAAAUAAGGCAGGAAAUGUAUAUACAUCUAUCUCUUUCUCAUUUUCACUAUUAACAUCGUCACUAAAAGAUAACAUUUAGAUGAUAAUAUAGUGCAGAGGCAUGUCCUGCUCUAGUAGUUCCUUUCCUUAAAAAUUAAAAAGUAAUAGACUCAUAGUAAACCUUUUAAGCUUAUGUAAAUCACCACAAACAAGUUCCUGAAAAAAUAAUGUUACACCACAGUACAUUUAUAAAACUUCCACAUGGUGUCUCAUUACUCAAAGAGAGGAGUUCUGCUUAUCCUUGAUGUGUUUCAGGCUUGGGUUAGAAACUGCAUAUUAGUGAGGAAGUCCAGGAGUUUGAGUAAUUAAUUAAUUCUCCCAGUGCUCCCAUUUUAGUAAGACUACAAAUACUUCCUCCACAGUGGAAUGAAUGCAGAGAGAAAAUGAUAUUCUGGCCAUUAGUCAUCAUUUUUAAACCAUUUUUUUCUUGCUGCCAGAAUAAUCUCUGAGAUGUAUUUAUUUUUCAUUUGGAGGACUUUUCCUAUUUACUGCAUUUUUCACAACUGGUCUAUGUCACUGAAGCUUUUCUAUAAUAACAUACAGUAAUAGCAACCUAUGCUUUUUCAAUUUCACCAUCAGCUUUUUGACGGUCAGACAAAAUUUUGAUUUUGUGUAUGUUAUUUUAUGUAAUUCAUUUCUUUGUUAAUACUUGCAGUACUUGUACCUGUUAUAUAAAUCACUGCAGCUUUGGAUGUUUUCUAGUGUGACAGAAUGAAAUGGAUAUUGAUAGAUGUAAACCAGCAAUGUCAGGGCUGUUUUACAUAUCAGAACGGUGCAGUGUAGAACCCACUUUGCUUGGGAAUACAAAUCUGCCACCUGGUGGUGUAUAAGCUGAGCUACUCUUAGUUCUGCAUUUAGGAUUAAGGUGGUGGCUGAGAGCAUUCACAUUUACUCAGGACCUUUGAAUAGCCUUCCUCAGGGUUUUAGGGUCCCGAAAUAUCUUAACUCAAAAAAGAUCCCUGCCCCCCUGAAGGUUUUUUUUUUUUUUUUAAUUUUAAGAUUGUGUCAUCAGAGCAAUGACUCUUAUUACAUUAAUUUAUGUGUUCUAAAUAAUCUUACUCCUGACCAACUGUCAGUCUCAGAGGUUAGAUUUUGUCAUAUGUUUGUGACUGUAUCAGUUCUGAGCUAUGACAAGCUUGCCCACAAAUGAAUGUUGUAAAAUACUGCUUAAGGUUGUGUUUGCUGUUGUCUUCUUUAGGGCCAUGCUGAGUGACAUUGGGGACUAUGUAGGUACGGACAUUGAAAUAUCAUGGUUACCUAACCUGGAUGAUUUAAUGAAGGGUUAUGCCAGAAAUUUUCGCCCUGGGAUAGGAGGUGAGUAUGAGAUCUACAGCUUGUGGUGUUGGGUUGAGAUUCAUCCCAUCACAUUUACAGCCAUCCUUAGCAUUAAUCUUUAAAAAUAAGUACAGCACAGACACCAGCAUUUCAUUUUCCAAGUCAAUCUUUCUGAUUGGUGACUGCUCUCUUUGGAUAAUAUGACAGAAAACUAAAUGACCCUUACAUAAAAGCAGCAGACUCUUCAGUUAGAUGAAUUCUUCUUAAGGAACAAAAAAAAGACCUUUGGCCUUGCUGAGAAGAUCACACCAUAUUUCCCCUCAUGGAAAGGAAGGAAAUGGGUGAUGAAAGCUGUAGGUACAAGCCUGAGGAAUCUGCUAAGAAUGGCUGCAAGAUGUGUAGAAUCCAAUGACCACAAAGAUAGAUUUCUCAAUCUCACAGCUUAACUCAGCUGAGAAAAAGUGAUAACAAGAAGCAGGAACAUUACUAUCAUUACAUAUCACUCUGUGCACUUCAGGUGUACAUAAACCUCAUAUCACAACAUCAUGUGGUGAUAAAUGUUCCUAUUGAUGUUACAUUAUAUUGACCAGUGAGGAAUCAUUUCUUGUUGUUUGGAGUCAUUCCCAUCAUUCAACUCAUGUCAUUUAGCAUAAGUGUUUGAUUUCAUUAUGUCAGUGCGUUCUGUAUCUUGAAAAUCAGAUACAAGAUGGUCAGAAUUUUCACAAAUGAAUCUUUCUUUUUUGUUUUGAAUUAUAAUCCAUGUAAUCUAUGCCAGUGCAAACCUGCAAGAACAGGGUUAACCACUUUUAUGGUGUGAUUGGACAGACAGUUAUUAUAAAAGAAGUUUCUUUGGGUGGUGCAUAUGAAAAGGUAAUUGUUAGAAUUCUAUCAGAACCCACUUGUUUGUGUUUUUGGCUCAAAAAGAUCUUAGAAUCCCGUAAUAAAUAAUUUGUUUUAGGCCUGCACGAUAUAUCGUUUGAGCAUCGUCAUCGCGAUGUACGUGUGUGCGAUAGUCACAUCGCAGAGCCUGCAAUGUCGGAGGUGAAUGAACUCAGUUAAUUUCAAGGGUAACUGACUGAGAUACACUGCAUGUGACUCUGCAUGUGCUGUGCAGCGAUCCACCAAUCACCUUCGUCCCUUACUCAGUUGCCAAUCAGACUACUCUGCCAGCUGUCAAUCAAAAUCAGAGAGGAGGAAACCCACCCAUGCACAUGGAGUUAGUCGCUGGCUGCUGGUGUUGAGCCGAGAAACGCGUGUCCGCUGAGAAUUACUUUCGGAACUUUACUCAUGACUGUUAAGCCCAACAAAUAAGAACUGUAUGGGUUUUAAAAUGUAUAUUUCCGUGGAACACUCUACUAUAAGCAGUGCGCGUUUUGCGAGGUGCAUGCAAUUCUCGGAGGACAUGCGUUUCUCGGCACAACACCGCUAACAACAACAACAACGAUUGCAAAAUGAGCAACGAACAAGAGAAAACCACGGAAGUUGAAGACUUGUUGCCAAAAAGAAAAGGAAAGUCAGUUAUCUGGAAUUAUUUCGGUUAAAAGAUGGAUGAUGUCGACUAAAACACGUGUUCUGUGUUCAUCUGUUUCCACAAUAACGUCCCAGCACAAUAAAAGCUAAAAAUAUCUCUGAGACAGACAGAAGCCAUUCUACUAACAUUCACAAAAAGAGGUAAGAUCAGAGCAGGUUAACUGUCCUCAAGACCUCAGCGGUGCAGCAUAACGUUAAGUGCUAUUCAGGUCAUCUGGUGAAAAUUCCUAUAUUUUUAAUAUGGCAAUAUAUAUCGCAGGGUUGAAAAAAAUCGCAAUGUUAGUUUUUUCCAAUAUCGUGCAGCCUUAAUUUGUUUCAAGUUAGCUUAUUUUGUAGUGCACCGGCCAAGUACAAAUUUUAGCCAGAAUUGUUCAGUUGGUGAUACAAGCAUAAAAACUGGCAUGAACAUUCUCUGCUGUUCACUUUACUAGAAGUGUCCUAGCCAUUUUAUAUUUCAAGAUGGCAGACAUUUUUCAAGAUGGCCUCCACCUAAGUGGAACAAUUAGGUGAUGUACUUGUUAAAUUGGUGAUAUAGCCAUGAAAAUUGGUAUGAACACUCUUCAUGAGUCGCUUAAUGAGAAAAUGUCACAAGCUGCUUGAAAUGUCCAGAUGGCGGCCAUUUUAAAGAUGACCACCAUCGCAUUAGAGCAGUCAAAUGGUAUAAAGUUGGUGAUAUAAACAUGGAAAACAGUAAGACCAUUCUCCAUGAGAAACUUCACAAGAAAAUGCCCCAAGCUGCUUGAAAUUUAAAGAUGGUGAUCAUUUAAAAGAUGGCCGCCAUCUCAUUACAGCAGUAAUAUCAUGUAAAGUUGGUGAUUCAAACAUAAAAACCAUAGACUGUAUAUAGAAUGGACAGAGUCUGCCUCCUCGCUAGGUGAAGCCACUCCGACAACAGCACCCUCUGAUGGUGGGCUGCAGUACAGGUCAUAAAUCCCAGCAAAGCUUAUGGGACUGUGGACAGACUUUAGAAAUUUAUUAUACAGAACAUAAAUUUUUCUCCCCCCUGCUUGUGAUGUUGACAUGUAGUUAUUGUAAGACUGGUUUGUGCCCAAGUCCUUUUUUUCUGUACAGCUCUGUUUUUAAAAGUUAUUAGGGGGUUCAUGUUUUCUAUGAUUGACACCUGGUACAGCCUAUGGGCGUUCAGGGAUUGCGUAGCUCACCCAGGGGGGAUACGCUGUUUGAGCCGAACGUCAUCACAGGGACUCUCGGCGACUGCGCGGCCGAAUGCGCGCAUCGCUACUGCGCGGCUCUGGUUUCAAGGAAGUGGAGAAAAACCUGGAAUUACCGAGAGCUUUUUGGCUUCAUAUUCGUAUACAGGCGGAAGGUGGAACCACGUUGUCCAUAGUAUAUACAGUCUAUGAUAAAAACAUUCUCCAUAAGUCACUUUACGGAAAAUGCUUGACUGUGUUUUGUCCAACUCCUCGCCCUUGACCUGUCCAAUUUGAUAAAACCUGCCAGGUAUAGCUUUUAGGGUUCACAGAAGUAUGCAAGCUCCCUUACCACAACAAGGUAGCAGUCACAAGGGAGUUUUUUUUUCUUUAAACAUUUUUAAAACUUUUUUUUGUUUUUUUGUACCUUUUUUUGUAACUUUUUUUUCUUUCUGACAAGGGGAAGUAAACAAGGGAAAGUAGUCCUGGCAAAAAGAACUCAACUCAACUCAACUCAACUUUAUUUGUAAAGCACUUUAAAACAACCACAGCCGACCAAAGUGCUGUACAUAAAUAGACAAAAGAGCACAGACAUAAAAAAAAAUCAAAGAACAGUUAAAACAGUGGAUAAAAUAAAAGCAGAUAUUAAAAAGUAAAAUAUAGUUUCAAUGUUUCUAAAAACUAAUUUAAAGACAUUGAAACAAAUAACUAAAAACAAACCAUAAAACACUAAAACAGGAGCCGAGUCUCAUGCAGGGUUGAAAGCCAAUGAAUAAAAAUGGGUUUUAAGACGAGUUUUAAAAAUGGACAGUGUGGGGGCCUGUCUUAUUUGGAGGGGUAGCUCGUUCCAUAAUUUUGGGGCCGCAACAGAAAAAGAUCUCUCCCCUCUGAGCUUAAGUUUGGACCUUGGUACCUCCAGGAGCAACUGAAUACACUCAUAGCUUCUAACAGGGGCAACUACAUAGACGUGUAAGUGAGACCAUAUUUGAAGCACUUGCAUUGUCCAGUACAUUCUUUGGCGCGCCCACAUUUGGUCAACUCCCAGGAACUCUCUGCAACAAGAGGAAGACGAGUCCAAAAGAUUCUCCAUUCGUCAUCUUCUUUUAUCAAUACCCAGUCGGAUAGGCUUGGUAUUUCUGGCUUUUGCUUCAAUGCCUGUCCCCACACAUAUCCAGCCUCAUAAGCUGCACAUUUGGCGUGCUCUUUCAGUGCUGCUUGAGUUGGUGGGAUCAGGUCAUAUGGUCUUUGCUUUCUUGCAAAAAGAUCAAACCUCGCCUCAUUGACAGUUGUGACAUCACUAGAUCUGUCGUGCAUCGCCACAACGAAUCUCUUGCAGCUUGCAGGUGGCUCUCAUCAAUAGCAGAGGUGCAUUCACUGAGUUUUGCAAAAGUGUUUGAGACUAGACAACUAGACUAGACAGCUAGAGAGAACUGGAUUAUGAUGUUUUAAUGUUAACUUUUUACUCAGUUAUUAUGUGGUUUAUAUUUUCUAAAGACACAUAGUAAUUGAUAAUUGAUAAGACACCAAAAAAAACUCAAAUAAAACUCACAAGCAAACGCGAAACAUUCAGGUGCGCAUGCUAAAGAGGUGCGUUGAUCUCCAGUUGGAGUGGGGAUGCCAUGGGAUGUAUUCCCACUCCAAUCGUUCUCUGGUGGGGAUACACCCGUGGUAUCCCGGCUCCAAGGAGAAAACAACGCUCCUUUUGCAUGCGCAUGCAAAACAUUUGUGUUUUCUUUUUUUUUCUUCUUAAUAAGCAUAUGUUUGAAUAAAAAGAAAAUCAAGCAGCUUGGGGCAUUUUCUUACCAAGUUAUUCAUAGGGAAUGGUCGGUAGCACUUUACAAUAACGACCUGUUAUAAAGCAUUUAUUAACAUUUAUAAGCAGUUUGUAGAUGAUUAGUAAACAUGAACAAACUGUUUAUUGACAUUUGUAAGUGUAUAACUAAACAUUUACAAACUGUUUAAACAUUAUUUAUAUGUUAUUGUCAAGGCAUUAGUAAGUAGGAAACUAAUCAUGAAUAAACCAUUUAUAUGCGUUUGUAAAUGAUUAAUGAAUCAUUUGUAACUAAAAUUAUACAUUAUUUAUAUUCUAUUUGUAGAUAAGUUACUAAUCAUUUACAAGCUUACUAUAUGCCUUGGUAAAUGAUUAUAAAAUGUAUAAUAACAUUGUAGAACAUUUUAGAAUCUUUAAACAUUGACAUUUGUAAGUGUUUACUAAAUAAUGUAUAACCAACACUAAAAAUCAUUUAUACACUGUUAGUAAUUAGUUAACUAUUAAUGAGUAAGCCAUGUGUAUAUGAUUAUUAAAACAUUUAUAACUAAAUGUAUAACAUUUAUAAGCAAUCUUUAGAUAAAGAAAUAAUCAUAGACAAGCUGUUUGUAGAACAUUUAUAAAUCAUUUAAUAAUUAUUUAUUCUUGAUUUUAGCGAUCAUAAAUUAAUGUUAAGGAAUUCAUUUACAAAGGUCUGUUAAGGUGACCUAAAUGUUUGUUCAUGUUUAAUAUAUGCUUUGCAAAACAUUCCUUAAAUAUCUAUAAACCAUUAGUAGAUGUUAUCAAGAGCCCUAAUGUAAAGUGAAGACUAUUCAUUAUUUACAACUGUCAUUUAAGGUGACCUCAAUGUUUGUUCAUGUUUAAUAUAUGCUUUACAAAACAUUCCUUAAAUAUCUGUAAACCAUUAGUAGAUGUUAUCAAGAGCCCUAAUGUAAAGUGAAGACUGUUCAUUAUUUACAAGCAUUUGUUAAUGUCGCCACCACGCUUAUUCAUAUUUAACAGACAUUCGUAAAUAAUGAAUUGUCUUCACUUUACAUUAGGGCACUUGAUAACAUAUACCAAUGAUUUAUAGAUGUAUUAGUAAUGUUUUAUAAAGCAUUUGUUAAUGUGGACUUUCUACUUACCUGUUGCAAACUUCCUGGCCUUCAUGGGUGCUGACACAACACAUGACUAGAAUGCUCAUAUAGCAAAUGAUCUGUAAGACAGUGCUAAGGAUUAAGAAAUAUAUAAACCAUUUGCAUAUGUUAUGGUGUGCCCUGUCCAACUAGUCCAAGAGGCUGCCUUACAGACAAAGUGUUCUACAUUAUUUCACGUUUAACACAAUGAUUAGUGAAAGAUUGAAACAAUCUUGUACCACAAUAAAUGUGACAGACGUAAAGGUAUAGAGAACAGCAUUUAACAUUUUAUUCCAAUAUAAAUUUACAAAACAUUUACCCUAAACAGCUCACGUUGUCAUUUAAACAAAUAAAAGUAUCAAGAUAAAAUGCUUUAAAUAUAAAAAUAAAUUAAAAAAUUAAUAAAAGAGGGACCAGUUCACUCACACACACACACACACACACACACACACACACACACACACACACACACACACACACACACACACACACACACACACACAAAAGACAAAUCUUCAAUCAAUUACACACCCAUGAAGCUCAGAGAUCUUUUGUUUUUGUCACAUUCCUGAGUCAUUUGAUGACAGGGUCAUCGGUCAGUAGAAAAUAUUUGAGUGUCCACAGGUGAUCAAAUUAUUGGCUUCGGAAUGUGUCAAAAACUAAACAGAUAUUGAAUUAAAUCAAUUGGGGGAGUUAUUGAAAGACUAAGUCAUUUUCUGGGGUGAACUACUCCUUUAAAAUGACAGUCGAACGGUGCAUUUUCUUGUCAAAUGUAAACACUAAGAGAACAGGCAAUCAGUGCAAUGGUCUUACUAAUUUUUACGUUAUUAUCACCAACUUUACACCAUUUCACUGCUCUAAUGCGAUGGUGGCCAUCUUUGAAAUGGCCACCAUUAGGAAUUGAGUGACUCAUGAAGAGUGUUCAAACCAAUUUUCAUGCCUAUAUCACCAGCUUAACAAGGACAUCACUUAAUUGUUUCAUCGAGUUGGCGGCCAUCUUGAAAAAUGGCAGCCAUCUUGAAAUUUCAAAUGGCUGGGACAAUUUCCUUGUAAAAUGACCCUUUAAUGCUCAUGCCAAUUUUCAUGCUUGUAUCACCAACUGAACAAUUGUGUCACUUAUCUGCUCCACUAUUGCAUCCCCCCCAAAACACACUAUCCAGAGUCGGUUCAAUAACAUUUUCAACACACUUGUGUAUAUACAUAUAUAUAUAUAGGUAUAUAUAUAUAUAUAUAUAUAUAUAUAUAUAUAUAUAUAUAUACACACACACAUGUAAAGAACAUUGUUAAAGUAAAGUAAAAAAUGCAACAUACUGUUUGUUGAGACACACAGACACACACAUUGGGUAUUAAUGCUUCUUUCAGGAAUGUGUCAUUUAACUGGGCACCUCCACUGAGGAACCCAAUGUAAAACUUGCUUAUCGUAUAACCAGGUAACAAACCUUUCCCACUCACCUGGGCAGAUAAUUAACAGCACACUGUUAAUCACUUCACAGUGAAAUUUCCCAUGUAUAACCAGCAGAAUUUAAUUGUUUAGGUAAAGGCAUGGUGUUGAAUAAGGGAAUGCUACUGUAUGAUUCCUUAAUGUUCCAUAUAAAUAGCUCUUCUUUCUGCAUAAGCAAGCCUCGCUGUAGUUUUAGCCUCUGGCAUUCCAUUACUAAGACACACUUCUUGCUAAUCAUGUGACAAACUGUCUAGAAAAAAAAUGUAACACUGUGUGUAUGUUAAACUACAUAAUGCCUAAUCCUAUGCAGUGUAGGAGCAUAAAAAUGUGGAAGGAUGGCAAGUAGGAAGGAAACAGUUGAGUGUGAAGUGAGAGUGAGAGGGACUAAUGGAUUCAUAUUAUGCAGUGAAGCCAUAUGGAUGUUUUUCAGUUGUGGAGAGGUUAGGUUUGCCUUUUUUCUCACUUCUUCCCAUGUAGGUCCACCUGUGAACGUGGCCAUGGCUAUUGAAGUGGCCAGCAUUGACCACAUUUCUGAAGCCAACAUGGUUAAGUAUAUAUUUACUUCUGCCUUAAGAUUUAACCCCCAAAUUCAUUGAUGUAUGAUUUUUCUAUUUGUAUUGUGUUGAUGUAUCCUUUAGUAGUGAAGAUUGUAAAUACACAUUGAAGCAAGUGUCAUUUCGGCUGGGUUGUUCAAUAUUCUGUUUCUUUAUUUAUUUUUUUUAAUUUUUUUUUUAUCUAGUACACUUAGUAAAUCUAGGAUGUUUUGUACACUUUUUUAUGUUUUCAGGGAGAAAAAGAAUGUUCAUAGAAAUACCUUGCAAAAAAACUACAGAAAGAUAAAUAUUUUUAAAUGACAAAUCUGGUCUUGUGUGUAAGAUUCAAUUGAUAUCAAGUAGUUCACUUGAAAUCAGUAUUAAUAACGUCUUUUAGAAAUAGCUAUUAGUAACAGAUUUUGGAAUCACCAAAUUGCAGAAAAUGUAAAUUCACAUUGCUCAUUCUUCUGUUCUGGCGUGUUUGUUAUUACUGGCAGGAGUACACUAUGACUGUGUUCCUGCGGCAGAGUUGGCAUGACGACCGCCUAUCCUACAAUCACACCAACAAGACGCUGGGUUUGGAUAGUCGAUUUGUUGACAAGUUGUGGCUCCCUGACACUUUUAUUGUCAAUGCCAAAUCUGCAUGGUUCCAUGAUGUCACUGUGGAGAACAAGUUGAUCCGUUUGCAGCCCAAUGGAGUCAUUCUAUACAGCAGCCGGUAUGAGUGCAGAGUAUUGUCUGCAGUUGUCAGACUCAGACAGUUAGAAAUUUCAUUACCCCCACAGUUUGUAUCGUAGUGCUCUGAUGCUGACCUUAUAUUCUUUACCCACAGUUUCACCAAAGGGCAGAGGACUGUUAUUCCCCAUAUUUUACCCCACUCGAGAAGAUUCCUCAAGCCCAAAUUUUGUUUGUUUAAAAGUUUAAAACCAGAGAUUACCCAAAGAGUCCUGACAACAGUUAGCAAGGCCCGAUCCAAGGCAGGAGUAACUUCUUCUGUGAGAUGACAUGCUACUGGAAAACUGCCAGACAUUUUAGAAAUUACCCAUAUAAGUCACUGGCCUUGCAGAGUACUGUGUUUAACAGUAAAAUUCUUCCCAGUCCCAUUCGAGUUUUCACUGAUUAAUGAUGACUGAGAGGUUACAGUUUUGGUGUACAUUAUCUUUUAAAUCAGUAGGUUUUUCCCCCCUUAGAAUCACUUCAACAGUGGCAUGUGAUAUGGACCUGACCAAGUAUCCCAUGGAUGAACAGGAAUGUAUGUUGGACCUGGAAAGCUGUAAGUUGGGACUCAAACUUUCUUUUUAAGCAUGUGGAAUGUUGCUGUCUCUGUAUGUUCAUGCUCAAUUAUAACAAAAUCUAAGGAAAUCCCUCUUUUUUUAUUUGUAUAAUUUAACCGAUUGUUCUUUAAACCACCAGGCUUUGCUUAGAAUUUCACAUCAGCAACUAGUAACAUGUUCCUCUCUACCACAGAGUUAUCCUACAGUGAUAUCUGGCCAAUAUGAAAAAUUAACAUUCACAUGACAUACAGCAUUUGAGAAAACAUAAACCUUUUAUAAAUUAGUGUGACAUGGACACACAAUUUUACAAGUGUCCUGUAUACCUCAGUACUAAGAUCUACAUGCUUAAAAUUAUAAUAUAUUUAACGUUUGGAUACACUUUUUUCCUAGAUGGUUACUCCUCAGAGGACAUUGUAUACCACUGGUCUGAGAGUCAGAGACACAUCCAUGGUCUGGACAAACUGGAGCUCUCCCAGUUCACAAUCACAGACUAUCGGUUUGUCACCGAAAUGAUGAACUUUAAAUCUGGUGAGCAUUCUUUAAUGUGUGUAAGUUAUCACUUGAUAAAAAAGUCUUUGGCAUAUUUUUAAGUGUUUUUUUUAUAUUAUCUAUUGUUUAAAGAUUUUGGAAUUGCUUUGCCCCAACACUGAAGCCUGCAAAUUUUUUCUAAAGCCUGGCUUUUUAUCGUCAAGCUCUUCUGUGUUUAUAGACAGAAUGAAUUAGAUCAGGCUUGAUGUUGAGACAGGUAGGAGAUUUAUGAGAUACAGGCGAUAGAUCUGUAGUAGCUAUCUGUGAUUUGUAGAGCUGUUCUCUGUCUGUCCAGGGCAUAAUUGAUCAAUUCAUCAGUCAGACAUGCUGUACUGUCACUCUCUUUGAAGAACAACUGGACAUUUUAUAAAAGAUUAGGAGCUUUUCAGCAAAGCAAAUUAACUCAGUGUCUGUUUUCUGUUUCCAAGCGGGGAGAUUUCCUAGACUCAGUCUUCGCUUCCAGCUGAGACGUAACAGAGGCGUCUACAUCAUUCAAUCAUACAUGCCUUCAAUUUUACUGGUUGCCAUGUCAUGGGUGUCCUUUUGGAUCAGCCAAUCAGCAGUCCCUGCUCGUGUAUCCUUAGGUUGGUAUCUGACUAAUAUUCAACUUUUAAAAUGAUAUAAAGGUUAAUUUCUACUACAAAGUGUAAGUGUAGUGACCUCUUUUUGUUGAACGUCACAAAGAGAAAGAUUAUUCAGAGUGUAACUGCCACCAAUCAAAACUGGAAAAUACAGCAGCCAGCAUAACUGGUAGCUUUUAGGAUUGUGUAGAGGUAUGUCUUAAACAAUGAACCCUUUUAUAAUGAUCCACUGCUGAUUUUAAAAUGUAUCAUCUUAUAAUCAGUAGAAUUGAUCAGAAACAAGGGAAAACUGAAUCUCACAGUGUUAAAGAGUGGCAAAAAGCUAAUACAGUAGGGCCUUAUUAACCCUCUGAGCACCUUGGGGACCAAAGGAGACAUUUUAAUAGCUUGGCUCUCAAUAUACCAGUGAGUUUAUGGCUAACUGCAUGAAAUUUUGCCAAUGUUUAUUUUUAUUUUCAUUUUUAUUUUCGUAAUUCCAAAAUCCUGUCUAUUGCAAGUGUAUGGAAUAGGAGAUUUGCAUAAUAAUGACAACAAUAAUAAUGACUCUUAUACUUACACACUAAAAACCCCUGGGUUGAAAACAACCCAACUUCGGUUAUUUUUAAAGGGACCGACUAUGUGUUGGGUUAUUUUAGCCCAGAAAGUUGGGCAAUUGAAAUCAACCCAAGUUUUGGGUUGAAUCAAUAAAUGCAUGAAAUUUACGGUGAGCUUCGUUUUUUUCAACCUGGACCCUAUUUUCCCAUCUACUUUUAUCCAAAUGAGUGGUGGGAUUUUCAAUUUAUGCAAUUGCUGAAUGCAAAAUACGGACGACACAGAACGAUUGUCAGUGCGUGAGUUCCUGGCCCAUCAAUCACACUGAUACACAGGAUGUGUCACUGUCUACAACAGCUGUUGUUUGCAGUUGCUGCUCCAAUGUUACAUGUUUCUGAUCGAGGCUUUCUGAGGAGCUAAAAAGAUCAACAGUCACUAACCAUCCACUUCUAGAUUCUCCAACUCGUGGUGACGUGCAGCGUCUCACUCAAACCUGCGCUGAGGUGAUAAGGUGAUGCAAUCCAUCGAGGUGUUUUGAAGUGGAAAAACAAGAAUCAGGGUGCCAAUUUGGUUUGACUGUCAAAUUGUGCCGGGGUAAAAGAAUUUGGUUCUCUAAAUGGCAGUCCCUGGCUUGAUUUCCACCUAGGCCAUGGGUCGGCAACCCAUGGCUCUGGAGCCGCAUGUGGCUUUUUCUUCCCUAAGCUGCGUCUCCCUGUGGAUUUGGAAAAAUAAAUAAUAAAUAUUUAAUAUUUAUUUUAUUUUAGUUGUUUUUUUUGUGAUUCUAAAUUCAAAGAUUUUAAUGCUCUUGUAACAUUAAAUAAACCAUGUUACAUUUUUUUAUCGCUCAAAUAUGCAUUAUAACUGCUGGAGACACUGUGCGCUGAGGUUUCAGGAGCGAAAGUCACAUUAAGCAAGUAAAUUUCAUAUUUUAAUCUGCUAUUAUUUUGCAAAUAAAUAUCUUACAUUGUUCAGUGAUAUGUGUUUUUUAUUCAACACAUACGCUUGUUGCGUGAUCACCCCCUCUACUUCUCCAAGUGUGGCCUGCAUAGCAGGGCUCCAAGGGCGGAGCUUGCAGUUGUAAAGUAGGAAAUCUCCCUGCAUCUGAGACUACUGUUUGGGUCUGCCACAGAGAUUCACAGUGAUUUGAAUGCAGAAAUACUCAGAAAUGCAAUUUCGCACUUAUAUUACUUAUAUGUCCUGUAGAAUCAGGAAAAUGAUAUAUGAACAUGUAGACAACAAGGAUAACAUGAUUUUCAUCGAAGUGGGUCUUUAAGGUUAUUUCAAACUGUUCAAAAUAUUUUUGUUUGCCUACAGAAAUAACACUUCUUUUUCUCUGCAGCAGUUCAAUUAUUUAAUAAAUGCAACUCACUACAGUUUUUCAUAUACUUUGCAUAAAAGUAAAAAAAAUGAUAUAUGCGAUGUUAUCUUCAUUUUAGUUGUCAAAGGGAUUUUGUGGCUCCCUGUGUUUUCUUUUCUGUAGGAAAAUGUUCCAAAUGGCUCUUUGAGUGUUUAAGGUUGCCGACCUCUGACCUAGGCUGCACGUCACCACCGCCUACUUUUCCCUGUUUCUGACAGUAUCUGUUCUGUUUCCUUGAUUGAGGCAUAACAAAGUCAGAAUAAUAAUCACAGAGACUAAAGAAGAGGUAAAGAUUUAAAAAGCUUACAGUGCAUGGAAUAAUAUAGAGAAUUAUUUUUCAUCAUAUGGUAAUGCAAAAUGUUAAUAUGUAUGUCCUAUAACCUUCACGAUGGGGAGGAAGAAUAGCCUCAGACAUUCAUUUCAGUGGACAAAUGGUUGAUUCUCUCUUUCUCACUCUCAUUUAAAUGUGGCUUUCUUCUAGAGUCACCCUCAUGAUUUAUUGGAGAAAUUUUGUGUUUGAGUAGUCACUGAGCACCAGAGGUGGACAGAGUACUUGACCCCAGUACUUGAGUAAGGGUACAAAUACUCCUGGUCAAAAUUUACUCUGCUACAAGUAAGAGUAGCCCAGUCAAUACGUUACUCGAGUAAGAGUAAAAAACUACUCGCUUUUAAAUGUACUGAAGUAUUCAAGAGUAAAUGCUUUUAAAUAUUCUUAAAGUAAAAGUAAGAGUAAAUUCCUGUUUUUUCACAUGAAUUACUGUCAUUUUACAAUUUUAUUUAUAGUACCUUGUAACUCUUGUUUCAGAGAAUUAACUCUUUGAAACCACCUGCACUGAUGAGCUUGCCUGUAGAACCAUUAUGUUAUACUGUACAAAGCCUGCACAAACAUCUAUAAAAAUGGAAAUAAAAUGAAUGGGAUCAUCAAAGAGGACAAUGAUGUCAUUUUCACACAUUGUACUUUCUUGUCUGUGUUUGCGUUUUUCUUAUUUACUCCAGCAAACUCGAACAUAGCCUUCAGAUAAGGCCAUGGGUUUUCUUCAGGUUCCUCUGCCUCAUUCAACUCCGGCUCAUCAUGUUCAGACUCUGAGCCUGUGGAUUCAUCGUAGCGUUCUUCUCCUGCCGCCAUUGUCACCGCGGUCUUGUUUUGAGCGGAUAAAUAAGAGAGCGCGUAUUUCCGCUUUUACGUACGUCCCAGUGGAGAACGUGGACUUUUCUUCUUUGACGAACACUGCAUGUGGCCAAUUGUGUUUUACGGAAAGAAAUAAAAAACAGGGAACCUAAAAGUAACGAGUACUCAUGAGCCUUCUCAAAAAUUUACUUGAGUAAGUGUAAAGAUCUUUACCUUGGAAAUGUAUUCGAGUAAGAGUAAAAAUCUUUACCUUGGAAAUGUAUUCGAGUAAGAGUAAUAAGUAUCAAAGAAUUCUAGUAUUUGAGUAAAGUACAAAUCCUCAGAAUCUGUACUUAAGUACAGUACUCAAGUAAAUCCGUCCACCACUGCUGAGCACCCAUCAAAAACCUCCUAGUUUCUGAUCCUUUUUCUUGUCUGUUUUUGUUUUGUCUAAAUAAAUGACAUAAAUCUUUUUUUUUUUUUUUUGCAACUUCAUCUGUGUGCUCUGUAUGUCUGAGCAGCAUCAAUCAACUUGAUGAAUUUGUAGUUAUUUUGGUCAAAUAUCACUUCUAAAAGAGAGUUUAGAAAAGCUUUAUUUAAUUGCAACCUCUGACCCAAGAUUGAUGAACUUGGUGCAGUAUCUGCUGUCUGCCAGACAACUUUCCCUGCAGCUUUAACCUAAAAGUGUCCGUUUUAAAGCAACCCUCAGUAUCUUGUUGCCUGUGUGAUUAUCGACAUUUGACCUCAAAUUAUUUUGUACCAAAUGAAUUGUUUUGCAAAUGUAAUGUUCUGAGUAGUUGUUUGUCACUAUCCAUCUUUCUCUUUCUCAGUCUCUCCUCUGUCCAUAUCUCUCUUUCUCCAUCUCUCUCUUUCUCCAUUUUCCUCUAUCAGUCUCUUCUCUGACCAUCUCUCUCUUUCUCCAUCUCUCUCUCUCUCUCUCUCUCUCUCUCUCUCUCUCUCUCUCUCUCUCUCUCUCUCUCUCUCUCUCUCCCCUCUCUAAACCCAGCUCAGUCUGAGCAGAUGACUGUCUAACAUGAGUCUGGUUCUGCCUGAGGUUUCUGCCCAUUAAAGGAAGUCUCCACUGUGCUUUGCUCAAUGCUGCAAAGUGUCACACAAGUGGUAGUUUAAGAUUGGUUUGGAGUAGGUGAUUGGUUCAUCAGCAGAUCUAGUUUUACAAGAUGGUACUCAAAGUUAUCCCAUCUUGAUGAUUGAUCUUUGUAAAUAUGAUCGACGGGCCAGUCCAGACCUGCUAUUCAUAUAAAGCAUCUUGAGAUAAUGUUAGUUCUGUAUUGGUGAGAUUGAUUAAUUGAUUGGCAGAGAGUGCACUGCAUGUAUGGUGCCAAUACACAACAUAUAAUCAAAUGUUAAAGCCAAAAAGCUGGUUUAAAAAAAAAAAAAAGUUAAAUUAUGGCUUUAUGAUCUUAAGUACAAAUUAUGUCCUUUUUGGUAAAUUCCAGUUCUCAAAGUCAUAAGUAAUAACAAAACAAAAACAAAAAAAAAAACUAGCCCUCAAUUAUUGGUGCACAGAUGUUUUGUGGAAUCAUGAAUCACUUGAGAUCUCACUGAAGGUGGAUGUGUUUGGAUCAUAACUUGAGGUAUUGGGUAUUCCCUUGUUUAAACAUAAACCUUUACUUAAAUGUUGUUCCUGCUCAGCUUUCCUGUUUAGAUUACUGCACUGCCUUUUCACAACGUUUUACAUACUUUUAAAAACUUGACUGUUGUAAAACAACAGCCCUGUCUUGUGUUUAACCGAAGCACAAUCUGUAUUUGUUAAUAUGGCAUUCAAUACAGUAAAGUGCUACAUCCAGCAUGGUUUCGAAGCUGCUGAACCGUAAUUUAUUCUUUGUUUUGAUAUUUUUCCUACAGGGAUCACAACUGUUCUCACUAUGACCACAUUGAUGGUAAGUGCCCGCUCCUCCCUGCCUAGAGCAUCAGCCAUCAAGGCACUGGACGUCUACUUCUGGAUCUGUUAUGUGUUUGUGUUCGCUGCACUCAUUGAGUAUGCCUUUGCGCACUACAAUGCUGACUACAGACUUAAAGAGAAGGCCAAGGUGAAGGCUAACAAGCUCAGCUCUGAGGUGAGAAAAUCAUUACCACUAUGUACUUUCAUCAGCAGAAUAACAUAAUCCUACCAUGCAGGGGAAGGGGAAAUGAAGUAAUUAUCUUGCCUUGCAGUGAUAGACCUGGGCCAGGCAUAUAACCAAAGUGCUGACAUUCCAAUGACCUUUGGCAAAGUAACAAUUUCUAUUCAACUCUUAGUUCAAGUGUACGGUGCUGUAUAAAGAACACAACAACACAGAACAAAAAAAAAUCUUGACAUAUCUAAAGGUAUCUGGCCUUGAAGACUUUGUAAUGCUCUAUAUUGGGCUUGACAGCAACUUCACAUUAUCAAGACAUCUAAUGUGUUAAGUUUGCCAAAAUUCAAGGGGCUAAAUGUUUUUGUAAAUACUACUCAACUUCUCAAGAAGAAUAUAAGCAGAGAUCUGUGGUAUCCACGCGUCGACUGUAGAGACCUGGGUAGUUGACUACAGCAAUAAUAGUCGGGUCACGAAGUGAGAUUCUGUGACCAUCCUCUGGCAAGGAUUUUUUGACGAUUUGACCUCUAUGGACCCUUUUCUACACAAGUCAACCAUAAGGAUUCCAAAUCUGACACAGUUUUAAUUGUAAGACCUCGUUUUGACACCGAAAUUCAAGAUGGCCGACAUCUAGUAGAGUAAAAACUUAGCUUUAGUUUAUAAAUUUUCAGUCAGUGCGGCUUUUUCUGAUUGGUUAAGUAACAAGAAGAUGUUCUCUAGGUUGUGCCACUGCCAGAUAGCCAGACAGCUGGGGGGGCUGCCCCCUUAGGGACUGCUGGCCUGCCCUGGAGCACACAGCUCUAGACAACAAAGCUCUCAGGGUCAUAGGGACAUAGGGGCUUUUUUUUGGUAUUUUUUUCCUAUUGCAUAUCGGAGGGCAUGCUGCAUAUGUGGAGAGGUAAUUGAGUUCGUAACUUCCUUUAUAAUACCUUGCGUAUAUCAUCACCAACAGUGGAAACAUCAUAUCCGAAACCACGCAAAACACGUAUUAGUCUGAAUCAGAGUAUUCUGUGUUCAAGGUAUUAUAAAGGAAGUUACGAACUCAACCACAUGUCCACAUAUGCAGCACGCCCUCCGAUGUGCAAUAGGAAAAAAAUACCAAAAAAAGACAAAAAAAAAAAAAAAAAAACGCUCCGGGAACCAUCACUUUACCGCGGUGGAGGGGUUUGUGCGUCCCUAUGACCCUGAGAGCUUUGUUGUCUGCUGUUAAGAGCUGUUAACCAAUCAGAAAUAGCCGGACUGACUGAAAAUUUAUAAACUAAAGCAAAGUUUUUACUCUACUGGAUGUCGGCCAUCUUGAAUUACGGUGUCAAAACAAGGUCUUACAAUUAAAAUUGUGUCAGAUUUGGAAUCCCUAUGGUUGACUUGUAUAGAAAAUUGCCUUCAUACAUGAUUCUAGGUCAUCCAGAUCAAAAGUUUAUUUUUAGGCAUGGUGCCAGGCACCAUUUUGAAUUUGGCUGUCUAGCAAAAAAAUGCCGGGAUUUUUGCGAGGGACCUGGGGGCUAAAUCUUUUCUAAAGGGUCCAUAGAGGUCAAAUCAAUCGUCAAAACAUCCUUGCCAGAGGAUGGUCACAGAAUCUCACUUCGUGACCCGACUAUAAGAUUUUUUUUUUUUGCUAGAAUCAGAAGACUUAUCAACGGAGAUUUGAUGUCCAUGUCUGAGACAUUGUCUGGAACAUGGUUAAGUAGAUCAAAAGAAGCAGUCUGCAAAAACUGUUUACCCGUAACCUCCUGGAGUACAGAGUGAACCCCCUUCUAGAAAGUCUGGAUGCAGUCACAUGACCAAAAUAAGUGGAUAAAUGUACUUUUGUGUAUUUUACAUUUACAACAAAGAUUGGAAGUGUCAGGAAACAUUCUCUGGGGGCGAAGAGGUGUGUAAUAUAUUUGGUGAAAAAUUUUUUAAAUUUUUUUCAUGUAUAGAGAUUGAGAUUUAGGAAAACAAUUGCUGCAGAUCUUGACACAGUCUGCAGGAUUAAACGUCACACACAGAUCACGCUCCAACAAUGGUUUCAGGGAGUCAUAGCCUGAAGAAUCAAAAUGAAGUAGUGAGGUACAACUUGCAGAAAUCAGUCCUUUGGUAGAUUUAGCCAGAAUUAUUGUGUUUUCCAGCUCUGACAGUCUCAUACAGAUCUCUUCUGUCCUCAAACGAGACCCUAUAAAGCACAGGUAUCGAACUCAAGGCCUGGGGACCAAAUCUGGCAGCUGAAAAAAUUAUAUCUAACCCACGAGAUCUUAUCAUAUUAUAUUUGCAUUAUUAUUGGCCCACCAGUGUAAGGUCUGCAGAUUUUUUUCAGUAUAAUAAUGUAAACUUUAGCUCAAUUAUUUAAAACUGUAACACCAUAAAAUCUAAUAAAAGUAAAGAGUAAGGAAGAUUUAAAAAAGGCCAAGAUUUUGGGAAAAAAAUAAUUUGUUUUUUAUUUCAUAUUAUCAAUUUUGCAUCUCAAGAUUUUAAGUCAAACUUAUAAUUUGACUUUCAUUACAUGCUUUAACCUUUUCACCUCAGACUUUGGACUAAAUAUGUCAUUUUUUAUCUUUAAGAUUAUGAAUUUAAAUUUUAAGUCAUAUUUUGACUAUUUCAACUCCUUACUUUGGCCCUUCAGUUUUUAAUUUAGACCUUUUUUCUUUUCAAAUUUGAAUUCAAAUAUAAAUCAUAUUUUUAACUUUUGAUAUAUUUAUGAAUUCUAGUAAAAUCUUGACAUUUUCAACUCAUAUUUCUGGCUUUUAAAUCCUAAAUUUUGAAUUAUCAGACUCAUGAUUAAAAAAUUGAUCUCAUAUUUCGAUCUUUCAAACACAUAAAUUCAACUUUCUCCUCGUAUUUUUGCUAUCCAAAGGGAUUACUUUACAAUUUCAAAUAAAGUAUUGAAAUCUUUGACGUAAUAGGUUGGAAUUUUUAUUUUAGUCUUAGAUUGACCUCAAAGUUACUUUUGAAAAACAUUGGUUAAAUGUUGACCCUGUUGGGCCCACAGGUUACACCGAAAUCCAGAUUACUGCCCCUACUGUGACUGAGCUUGACACCCUGCUAUAUAGUGACAAAUUUGAAGGUACUAUAAAAAUCUUUUGGGAUAAUAUUAAAAUCAGCCCUGAUUUGCUCAAAUGAUUAUACAGAGUCGGAGACCAAUAGGUCUGUAAAAUUUGACAGGCCCUUAGAUGUCCACUCCAUCAAACCAAGGGAAGAAUGGAGAGAUAACUGGGGGAAUCCUUCUGUAUUUCUUUACAUCUGGCCAAACCAGUAAUGUGUUAUAAACUGUUAUGUUAUUUUUGAGAUGAUUCAACUGAUCUAUAUAAUUGAUAAAAGGAAGGAAAUUAAGCCUUCUGGGAUAUCAAAGUAGGGAUUUAAGGUUCAACCAUAGAGAAUCUUUUCUGUUCAUGAACCAAUUUGACAUAGUUUUAAGUUGUGCUGACCAAUAAUAUAGUUUUAGAUUGGGCAGGGACAAGCCUCUGAGUAGUGAUGGGAAUUAAAGCUCUUUUUAGUGAGUCAGAUCAUUCGGCUUAGCUCACCAAAAAGAGCCGACUCUUUUGGCUCCCAAACAGCUCUUAAUUUGACCACUUUAGGCUGUAUUGGCUGAGCGAGAUCGUGUUGGUUCGUUCCACUUCAGUGGGGCAACAUAAACUGUGAUUCAUAAAAUAGCUCUAUUGAUAGUAAGUAGGAAAAAAAAAAUCUACUCAUGCCAUCCUGUCGAUUUUUAAUAAUCAGUGUUUCGGUGUUGAACUAUUUCCUUUCUGUGGCGCAGUGAAUCUUGCACACGCGCAAUCGAAUAUGCAGAGGGAUGAAGCGAUUUUGUCACGUGGACCAAUAGGAGCCGAGUCUCGUUGCCAUAGUAUUAGAAAUACACAAACAUGGCGACGAGCGCAUCUAGCAGCGAGACAAGCGAAGAGGAAGAAAAGAACAGGAAAAAAAACACAGCCUUCAAAAGUGCAUUGAAAAGGAACGAAACGAUGCUAUAUGCAUCCAUCAUCUGUCCAGAGUGAAGACGUUCUCGACUUUACAAGGACACGUUGGGAAACUUGCAGAACUAGUAUUAGAAAGUGGCUUUCUCUACAGGGUGAGACAAAGGACCUUGCAGAAACUUGUAAACAUUGCGUUGAUAUCGACUUUGACAAUAUUCCUGAUGACGCUGGGUUUCACAUGACAUGCUACCAGCGAUUUAUUUGCAAAAGGCGUUUGAGAAACAAGAAGGUGAUGCAGCCGCGGGUCAGUCAAACCCUUCAGGCAGCAUUGCCGAUGCAUCCACGUCCACGGCAUCUGAAACUCUGCGAAAGUGUUUUAUAUGUGUUUUAUAUUUUAUAGAUGUUUUAUACCAUAUUUUGAAUUAAUUCAGACCUUUUGUACAUUUAUUUUUGUCUUGUUACAUUUUUUCCAUUAUUCCAAUUUUGGGGUGUGUGGUACCAAUUUGAUUGACUUUCAGCCAUUUAUGGCCAUGAUGUGCUGUUUACAUUUUAUUGCUUUUAUUACACAGUAGGUUGUGUCAUUUUUAAGUAUGAAACAUAAGCUUUUAGCUUAAUUUACUGUACAUAUUUCAUUGUGCUGGGUGCAAAUCACUUGAGUUGAGACGUUUUCUUCAAGAAAUUUGCUACAUUUCAUAAUCUGAAUUCACUUAUGCGUAAACUAAGGCACCAGUAACUGUUUUAGAUGUUAGGUAGAUGUAUUUAUGACAUUGGAGAAAGAUUUUGUCUUGCCAGAAUCAACAUAGCAGUUUCUACAAGCAAAAACAGCAGCACCAUCUAAUUGUUUUUUGGCUUACUCACAUAUAUGUACAUUUCUGGCUGGUGACAAAAGUCAGACAGAUAGUCUGAGUAGAUAUUUUAACCCAAAGUCCAGAAUGGUACUGUCUAUGCAAAAAUGCAUUGAACAAGUAGCACCAGCGUAGUGGAGCGAAAUUCACUUUCUAGGCACUUUUUCCUUUGUCCCAAUACAGCCUAUAACCUCGAGCGAAGCUUCUUUCGCGGCGUUUCAGAUGCCGUGGACAUGGAUGCAUCGGCGAUGCUGCCUGAAGGGUUUGACUGACCCGCGGCUGCAUCACGUUCUUGUUUCUCAAACGCCUUUUGCAAAUAAAUCGCUGGUAGCAUGUCAUGUGAAACCCAGCGUCAUCAGUAACAUUGUCAAAGUCGAUAUCAACGCAAUGUUUACAAGUUUCUGCAAGGUCCUUUGUCUCACCCUGUAGAGAAAGCCACUUUCUAAUACUAGUUCCCAACGUGUCCUUGUAAAGUCGAGAACGUCUUCACUCUGGACAGAUGAUAGAUGCAUAUAGCAUCGUUUCGUUCCUUUUCUAUGCACUUUUGAAGGCUGUUUUCUUUUUUUUUCCUGUUCUUUUCUUCCUCUUCGCUUGGCUCACUGCUAGAUGCGCUCGUCGCCAUGUUUGUGUAUUUUUGAUACUAUGGCAACGAGACUUGGCUCCUAUUGGUCCACGUGACAAAAAUCGCUUCACCCCUCUGCAUAUUUGAUUGCGCGUGUGCAAGUAUCACUGCACCGCAGAAAGGAAAUAGUUCAACACCGAAACACUGAUUACUAAAAAUCGACAGGAUGGCAUGAGUAGAUUUUUUUUUUAGCACUUACUAACAAUAGAGCUAUUUUAUGAAUCACAGUUUAUGUUGCCCCACUGAAGUGGAACGAGAUUCACUUUCUAAGCACUUUUUCCUCUGUCCCAAUACAGCCUACUUAUACAUUUUCUAAUUCAGCCAAAUUUAGCAUUGUUUGGUUUAUAAUAUGUAUGUAUGUAUGUGUACAUAUACCUCUUAAAUAAUUCAAUACAUCCUUUGUACUGAAGUAAAAAUGACAUUUUCCAAUAUCAGUAAAUUACUGUAGCCAAUUGGUUUCAUUGCAUUUACUGACCCUUUUAACUCUCUGAAACAUCUUUAAAAACUUAAGCAUAGAAAUAAAAAAGGACAGCAAUUGAGAUUUUCAAUAUUUAUUUAAACACAAAUAAUCAAAUAAAUAACACAAUAAAAAGAAAUAACAGUAUUGCAAUAAACAAAACAGCCACAUUUAAGAGUUUUAGCUAUCCAUUUGAACUGUCCACCAUCAAGAACAACAGCAAAAUAAAUCAAAUAUAAAAAGAGAGAAAAAAGGACCACAGAUGGGAGCCGGCUCCCAUCGAUCCGGCUCUUUGAACCGGUUCUUUUGCAACUGACACAUCACUACCUCCUAGAUUCUUUGGCUGAGUAAAGAAAACUUGACUCUUUGGUGUUUGUUAUUCCAAAUAUUGUGAGAGAUGUGCAUAUUUAGUGAUUUAAAAAGGCAGGGGUCAAAUAGAACGUGAGAUUUUGAAACACAUAGUUCAAUCAAGGAAGAAUAUUCAGUUUUUUAGUGUUAAUUCUCUCAAGGAGACAAAUUAGCAGGGAGGCCCAUUUUGUCAGAUCCUUCUUAACCUUUUGAAUUAGAGGUGAGUAACUAGCUUCAAACAGAUGAUUUCAAUCUGGAGUGACAAAGGUACCUAAAUAUUUAGAACCCCGCCUGGAUAUUGUAUUGACAUAUCCUGGGGAUAUGACUUUCCUAGGUUAAUCUAGCGGUGCCCCUGUCAGCAGUCCCUGCUCACUAGAAAGCCAUCAAACCGCAGGCCUUUAAAAUCGACAGUGGCUACUGGGUCUGAAUAAAAGGUUUUAUUUAUAUUAAGGAAAUCUAAGCCUAGACCAACUUUUCCUUAUAUCAGAAACAAAAAAGACCAUUCCACUCGGUCAAAGGCCCUUUUUUUCCUAACCGCAAUCAGUUUCCAGGUUUGAUAAAUCACAUUGCUCAGUGAUUUCAUUCCUCUCAGUAUUCUGCCCGUUCUGAUGAUCAAAUACAUUCUGCAUGAACACACUAAAUCAAUUGCGCCUGCUGUUUUGCUUGUUUGACAAAUGCAAUCCUCGUUGCAACCGGUUAGUGGAUCAACUUUGCGCGUGCUAUCAAAUUUGCAUGUGUUUUUUCACACACAAAUCUUUAGUAGAUCAGGCUCUGGGUUUUUUGGGGUGUUAAGAUACUGAACAACAGUAAGAGCAUGGCAUGUCAUACCUUGAUUUUACAAACCCUGCCUCAUUUGGGUUUAUUGUUUUCAAAAGAAUGUUUUCCAAUCUCCGAGCCAUUACCUUCGCAACAAUUUUGUAGUCUUAUCUCCAGAAAGAAGGGAUACCAUCUCUUAAAAUGCCAUUGAUGACAGGCAUAAAAAAUUUGAAGAAAUUCUUAAAAAUUCCAAUGGAAACCCAUCUGGGCCUGGACAUGUCCCAUUUGGCAUAGAUUAGAUUGCAGCCCAGGCCUUCUCCAACAUGAGUGCAGUACCUACGCUGGAGCGAUCCAUCUCCACAAUACUAGGCAAUGGAAUAUUGUUCAAAUAUGAAGCAAUAACAGUGGCAUCAACCCUCUCUGCACUAGUCAAAGAUUUAUAAAGAUCCCAGAAGGUGCUAUUGAUUGUCACUGGAUCGCAUGUGACAUCCCCAUUUUGUGUUCUUAUAAUAUUGAUUUAGCUAUUGUUGCUUUGAUUUUUCAGUUGGUGUGCAGGCAAUUGACUGGACUUAUUACCAAAUUCCUACUAUUUCUGUUUAAAAUAAGGUAAUAAUUUCUUGACAUGACAAGUAUGAUCCAUAUUAAGUUCAGUUUUAGCAGCCACUAGUGCCUUUAAGUCUGCUGGUAUUGGUGACUGUUUUUCCAGCCUUGUCACUUCUUUUUUAAGGUUUUUUUCUAUUUUCUUCUCAGGCUUUUUUUCUGAUGAGAGCUAUAUGAAAUAAGGUGUCCACACAAAGUGGCUUUAGCUGCAUCCUGAAUUGUCAUGGAGGACACUGGGGAGCUUGAGCCAAAGUUGUGAGAGGUUGUUCCGCGAAAAAGUGCGAAAAGAAUCACUAUUCAAAAAUGACGUGUUAUUCUCCAGGUGGGAAUUUUAAGAAUGUUAAAUACUGGGUCAAUGCACAGAUGUACCGGAGCAUGAUCUAAUGAAGCGAUGGAGUCUAUGAAACAAGUCUUAACAGAAUGUAAAAUGUUUAUGGGAAUAAAAAAAAUAGUCCAUAUACUGGCUAAAAAGCCCAGGCCAUUGCAAUGAUAGUUAAACAUCAAAAUCAUUUGUGACACAAACUGGGGAUAAAUCAUUAUUUGGGGCAGAAAUCUUGAAAAUGGUUGUAUGUUGUAUAAUGUUACAUAUGUUUAUCCCUAAUCAAAACAAAUCUCCCUUCUGAAUCUUCUUCUACAUGUUCCAAGAUGAAAGGAUAGUUCUUACUAAUGAGAAUAGCUAUGCCUUUCUAAUUCUGUGAAUGGGAGGAAAAGUAAACAAUGCCAACCCAUCCAUCUUCUGUUUCAGAUGUUCUGUAUCAGAUAUCAGAUGUUUCCUGAAGUGAUGCUAUAUGUGUUUAAAGCAAAGUUACACACUACUGUUGUCUAGUCUAAGGAUUUUUUACAGGAACAUAAGUAUUUAAGCAAUGUGAAAGCAGCAAAAGAAAGAGCAUUUUCAAAGUCACAUGCUAAAGAUUAGAUUUACAGAUUUACUGCCCCAAAAUAAUCAUAACAAUAACUAGAAUGACCAAAAAAACAGAUAACAAGAAAAACAGCAGUUAAGUCACCACAAGCACUGCCAGCUUAGUCUAAACAAUUUAUCAGGAAUCAAACUAAUGUUUAGCUCCAUCCCCUGACAUGCUUUCUUAGAUUGAACAGUGAAUUUCUGUAGGCAAACAUUUAAAGUCAUACAAAUCAUUCUUUACUUGGAAAACUUCAAACAUAUGGCCAUGAAUACUCAGGAGGAGAAUCUUCAUCCCCCUCUGCCAUCACCAUCAUCAUUACCACAAGCAAAAAUGAUUAGCUACCUCAUGUCAAGCGAUAGUCUUCUUCUCUGUGUUUAUUGAUGGAUAGCAAAAGAAGGCCCAGUGCAUUGCAGCCCCUAUAUAUCCCAGCCAGAUAUGGGCACAAGUCUCUCUUUACAAGUCCCCAUCAGGUCAAUUAAUAAGAAAAUUAAACUGUGUAGUCAUAGAAUGGAGGGCCUAACUGAAUUAAAAAUAAUGAUUACCUAAUUUAUUUCACAUCAUAUCGAAUUGAUAUUUUGUCACCUCUAAAUAUAUUAUAUUGAAUAUGAAUAUAAGUAAGAAAAAAAGUAGCACAACACGACGACAACAUAUGAGAUAAUUUUUCCAACCUUAAAUCAAUAUAAGCUAAGAAAAAGAAGUAAUUGUUGACCUCACAGCUGAAAGUGUGCUGCAUUGAAUUACUAAGAAACCUACAAACAGUGGAAGGGGUGAUUGUUCACAAGUCCCUGACAGUCGUGUCCAAGUUGGGUCUGAAGUCAAAUUAGUGUCAGACUUGAGAUCAAGGGCUCUAUUUUCGUGUCCUCCGGUGAGGCGGCGGAGGAUGGCCCGUGCAGUUGUAUUUUCGUCUGGCGGAGCCCGGCGUACAGUCAGUUUGGUAUUUUCGUGGACUGAGGCGCACCGAGAUCCGCCAAGCUGGGCGUGGUGGCGUGGCAGGGGGAGGUGUUGACAGAAUCAGCGGGCGCAGUGACAUUAUCAUGCUCGCCACCGGCGUAUAAAGUGCGCUGAAAGCUCACCGAUUCAAACCUGGUCAGCUUUCAGCGCAGGUGGAGCGCAGCUGGUCUAGUGGUAUUUUGGUAGACCAGCAGCGUAUCAGCAUACGUCACUGAUGCCUCACUCGCAGGUUUCCACAGUGUCAGGCACAUUUCAGUGCAAUAAAUAAUCAUCAGCAACUAAUAAUCUGAGUCAGCACAUACAUUUAGAUCUAUAUAGAUAUAUUCUGAUCUAUAUCUGAUCUGAUGAGAGCGUUUGGCACACGUUUGGACACACAACCUGACCGAAUCAACACAGCUGAAACUGCAUUAAAUUAAAUUAAAUAUCUAGUUAAUAGACACACAUGAUGAAUCGAACAAGAUAUGUAAUUCGUCUCCCUCCUUUUUUUAUUCCUCUUCCUCUUAUUUCUCGCACAGCUCGACCUGGACAUGUCUCCGUGUCCUCUUCUACCCGUCCUGCUGCAGCUGAUUUGUUUCAGCGCUCAGAUGAGCUAUUUACUUUAAGCCUACAUACGGAUAUUAUAAUAUGCAGUUUUGUGUGUCAAAUUCAUUUUAUAUGCCAACAUCUAUGAAAGAAAGAGCCAGGCCACGGAGCGCGAUGCGUCAUUUACGCACAGAUGGUUCUGAUUUUAAUGCCAUUUUUGGAGUUUAUGUUGUGAUCUGUGCACACAACCCACCUUUGUCACGUGAGGUUUGAAUAAAUGCAACUUCAUGUGAGUGUCUUUAUUUGUGGAAAAGGGUGUUUGUCUUACCAGUGGGUCCAACAUUACACACACUAAAUCCAUCUGUGCUUAUAUAAGAGCGUGUGGAGGACGCCCAAUGCAACGCUUACAGUGACACUUGUUGAGGGGCUGCCUUCUGUCGCCAUUGUGUGGCAUUACUGUCCUCAGACAUCUCUUGAUCUCUUUGACUACUUCACGAAAAUAGUAAUUUGCCUCGCUGGUGGCAUAUUUAAAGGCAAGGAGAGGAGCUUAUAUGAUCGGUGAAAACAGGUCUUGGCUGUGUUAAACCCAUUCCAGGCCCUCUCUUCUCCUUCUUACGACUUACGCCGCUGGGAGGAGCUGAGUUAGGGGGGGGGCGUACUUACGUCGGGCUGCGCCGCUCACCAGAAUACCAAAUUGUGCUUGGGAACGCCUUGUCGGUGCGGCGGACCUGACUUAAGCCACGCCUGUGGCACGUCUCCGGCGAGGCACGAAAAUAGAGCCCAAGUCUCAAACUCAAGUCCCAUCUUUUACACCAGCUGAUUUCAGAGCAAAAGUAAUGUGUGAUGAAAACAUUUUUUCUUUCAAAUGUAGUGGAGUUAAUGUAAAAAGCUUCCCCUAAAGUACUACUCAAGUAAAUUACACUACUCAAAAAAUUUCUUCAGUACAGUACUUGAGUAAAUUUACUUAAUUACUUUCCACCUCUGUAUGGGACAGAAUGACUUACUGUGACUCCAACCUGGUCGUUUAGAUUUUUAAAGUUUUUAUUUUAAAACUGUGCUCUACUAAAGUCACUAAUUUUUUUUUUUUUUUUGCUUUUCUCUCUCUAUCUUCCUGCAGUCUAUUGUAAAGAAUGGCAAACAGGCUAUGGUUUUGUUUUCCUUGUCUGUUACUGGUAUGAACCAGAGUGUGACGAUCUCCAACCCUCAUGGGCGGGCCCAGCACUCCAGCAGUGAAAUUCCUGGAGAAGGUGGUGGUGAAGAGACUGAACCAAGGAGGAGACGGUCCAAGCAGGCAGAAGAGACCAAGGAGGAAAAGAAAUGCUGUUCCAAGUGUGUCUGCAAGCCUAUUGAUGCAGAUACAAUCGACAUCUACGCCAGGGCUGUAUUCCCCUUUACUUUUGCUGUGGUGAAUGUGAUCUACUGGGUGGCCUAUACAAUGUAAAAGGAGGCAGUGGUGCUGCCAUCUAGGCUGUAUAUAGGACAUGCUGAAGCUUUGCAGCUAUGAUGCUGGUGGACUGAUGCAGCUCGAAUAAACUUUAGACCUCAGUUAAAGACUAAAAUUUAGGGACAGACAAGUAUUAAAUCUAAAAAAGAAAACUAUCAAGGACUGCUACUAUGGAUAUUUGGUAAAUGAUGAAAGUAAUGUAAUUAAAUGUGUAAAAAAAGGUAAUCUGUUUCAUUACAUAUACAGACAUGUUAUUGUAUGAAGGCUGAAGACUGUGUUGCCUCUUACAAAUUCACUUAUUCGGGACUGAUACAGUUCAACUAACAAUUUGGAUUUCCAUCAUGUUGUACAAACUCUACAAAAGGCAUGAUAGCAUAUUAUUCAACCUAAAGUUUUAAAUACAAGAUGACAUAUUUGAAAGACAAAUAGGUAUAGUUUGCUUAACUCUUAUAAAGACAUAAUCUGAAUGAACUAAAAUUGUCAUCAUUGUUAUCUCAAUUCGAAAGCACUGCCCAGACUAGAGAACAACAGGAUGAAAAGUACUCCUAUUCUGCAUGGCCUGUGUCCCAACCUCUUCCUGUUCCAUUUCCACCAUCCUCUUCCACUCUAUCCUUUAUCCCCUCACCCUCCUUUGAAUUGAUUUCUUGAUUAGGAUAGCCCCUAAAUGAAAUGUCUUAUCUCCUUCUGCCAGUUUUGCCUGUUUCCUCACCAUUAAAGAAAUUCCUCCGAUGUGUGUGAGUGUGUGUAUGUGUGUUUCACAUUAACUCUCAAAGCAAAGAAAUAAGUGCAUGUUAAAUUUAUGAUCUUGUCUGUCCUUUGUCAGAAUUUGGAAUUGUAGUUCAGUAAAUUUAGAGAUUAGAGAUGACCAUCACUUCAAAGUCUAACAAAGUUGGACUCAACACACAGCCAAUAGCAUUACCCUUACCAAAAAAAGUAUACUUUGUACACUGAUACAAAUACAAUAUCGGUGUACUUAUAAGUAAAUUUCUUGGGACUAAAUUGGUCCAAUUUAGUUUAUCAAAGUACACUUGAAGCAUACUUGAAAGUUAACUUCUUGGUGAACUAUUAGAUUACUAGUCUUCUAGUCUCCCUUCUCUUCAGUUUAUAAAAGUGCACCAAGUACACUCCGAAGCAUACCUUUAUUUACUUUUUUUCGGGGGGUGGGGUUGCUCUAAAUGGGUUGGACAGAGUGGCAAUGUGGGAGAUAGAGGGGGGAGGGGAUGAAAUGCAGCACAUGGUCAGGAUAGGAAUCGAACCCGUGACCAGAGCAGGGACAACAGUCCCCAACAUAGGGUGUGCCUUAUUCCACUUGACUAUCUGACCGCUGACUAUUAAAUUCAGUAUUCAGUAUUUUUUUAAAUACUACAUAUUUGUAUACUUGGCUUGUACUGCUUAUCUUUUUUAAGAGUAGACUCUUUAAAAGAUAUAUGAAAAUAUUCACUGACCAAGACACACAUACAUACUUGAGUAUACUGCGUCUUGAUCAAAAGUUUAUGUAUAAAUAAAGUUUAAAAAUAUUUGGACUUUAGUGUAAUUCUUGGUACAAGCCAAAUAUACCUCUUUACAUCUCUGAAAAAAAAAGUAAAUUGAAAGCAUAAUUAGUAUAAAAACAGUAUACUCGAAGUAAAAUUAAACACACUUCUUUUUGGUAAGGGUAGUAUGAUUAACAGCUCUGAGUACUGCAUUUAAGCAUUUUUAGAAGUGUGACACUAUAUAAAUGUUACGCUGAAUACUCUUAACACUGACAAAUUUACAAUGAGCUAAGACCUUGUAUAAUACUUGUAAGAUGCACUCUAGAUUCCACCAAGGUGUGAAGGACAUGCAGUUAAUUUAAUAAAAAGAUACUUUGUUUAUUACAAAGUAGUCUUUGUACAGUUUAGCUAAUUUAAGUUCAACUGGUUCAGAUAUGUUGUGCGAAUAUUAUUGUCUUUUUGCGAUAGUAUUGGCUUUAAUUUUUCUUCCUACCAUCUGGAUAGUGUGUUCAUGGGAGAUCUCAUUAGCUCAUCUCAAUCAAUCAUCAAUGAAAUUUUGUUUAUAUAGCGCCAAGUCACCCCAGUCAUUAUCCCGUUUUCCAAAAAAAAAAAAAAAAGAGCAGGUCCAUUCUAUGCUCAUCUGUCCGGAGGUACACUACAGGCCAAACGUUUGGAAGCAAGAUCAGAUUUGUACAAAAAAGAUCAUAGUUUCAUAUAUAUAAUUUGCAACACAAUAAACAUGACAACUGUGUAAAGAAUAACUUAUUAGAAGACAUUUUGACUAUAAUUAUUAGGUAUUUGCGUUAUUGUUGCUUAGACUUUGCUUUCUUUAAAGUAACCUCCUCUGGCUUUAACAACAGCUUGGCAUAUACUAGACAUUUGUUCCACAAGUUUUUUAAGGUAUGUUCCAGGGACUGCAUUCCAAGCUUUCUUAAGUUCAUUAAAAAGAGACUUCUGAUUCGUGGGAUGCAUUUUUCUGACCGAUCGAUCCAAUUCAUCCCGCACAAGCUCAAUUGGAGAAAGGUGUGGAGACUGAGGGGGCCAACCCAUUUUUUGAAGAACACCUUCCUCUUCUUUUCUGUCUAGGUAACCCUGACAGAGCUUGGCAGAGUGCUUAGGGUCAUUGUCUUGCUGCAAAACAAACUUAUGAGCCACAAGUCUGAGUCCAGAUGGAACAGCAUGGUGCUGGAGGAAGGAGUGGUACUGUCCCUUCUUGAUACCCUUUACUUCAAACAAAUCUCCUGCUCUAUCACUUGCAAAAGUUCCCCAUACCAUGGAACUACCACCUCCAUGCUGAAUUGUGGGUGUAACACAUGGUGCUUUCAGACGUUCACCAGUUUGUCUGCAGACAUGGGGCUCUAUUUUCGUGUACGCCGGUGAGGCGGCGGAGGGUGGCAGACCCCGCGCAGUUGUAUUUUCUUCUGGCGGAGCCCGGCAUACAGCCAGUUUGUUAUUUUCGUGGACUGAGGCGCUCCGAGAUCCUGGGAAAGCUGGGCGUGGUGGCGUGGCAGGGGGAGGUGUGUUGACAGAAUCAGCGAGCGCAGUGACAUUAUCGUGCUCGCCACCGGCGUAAAAAGUGCGCUUUCAGCGCAGGCGAAACGCAGCUGGUCUAGUGGUAUUUUGGUCGACCGGCGGCGUAUCAGCAUACAUCACUGAUGCUCACCCGCAGGUUUCCACAGUGUCAGGCACAUUUCAGUGCAAUAAAUAAUCAUCAACAACUAAUAAUCUGAGUCAGCACAUACAUUUAGAUCUAUAUAGACAUAUUCUGAUCUACAUCUGAUCUGAUGAGCGCGUUUGGCACACGUUUGGACACACAACCUGACCGAAUCAACACAGCUGAAACCGCAUUGAGUUAAAUUAAAUUAAAUUAAAUAUCUAGUAAAUAGACACACAAGAGUAAGUUAACAAGAUAUGUAAUUCGUCUCCCUCCUUUUCUUUCUUCCUCUUCCUCUUAUUUCUCGCGCAGCCGGACCUGAACAUGUCUCCGUGUCCUCUCCACUUCCUGCUGCAGCUGCUGCUGUGGUGGCAGAUGAUUUGUUUCAGUGAUCAGAUGAGUUAUUUACUUUAAGCCGAAUAUGGUAAAGAGCCAGACCAUGGAGCGCGAUGCGUCAUUACGCACAGAUGGUUCCGAUUUUAAUGCCAUUUUUGGAAUUUAUGUUGUGAUCUGUGCGCACAAACCACCUUUGUCACGUGAGGUUUGAAUAUGUGCAACUUUAUGUGAGUGUCUUUAUUUGUGGAAAGGGAUGUUUGUCUUACUAGUGGGUCUAACAUUACACACACGAAAUCCAUCUGUGCUCAUAUGAGAGUGUGGAGGACGCCCUCUGCAGCAACACUUGUUGUGAAGCUGCCUUCUGUCGCCAUCGUGUGGCAUUACUGUCUUCAGACAUCUCUUGAUCUCUUUGACUACUUCACGAAAAUAGUAAUAUGCCUCGCCGAUUUAAAGGAGAGGAGCUGAUGUUAUUGGUCAAUACAGGUCUCGGCUGUGUCGAACCCACUCCACGCCCUCUCUCCUCCAUCGCUACGACGCCGCUGGGAGGAGCUGAGUUAGGGAGGGGGGAUACCUAUGCCGGGCUGCGCCUCUUACCAAAAUACCAAAUUGUGCUUGGGAACGCCUUGUCGGCGCGGCGGACCUGACUUACGCCAUGCCUGCGGCACGUCUCCGGCGAGGCACAAAAAUAGAGCCCAUAGACUGCGUUUUGAACCAAACAGUGCAAACUUAGACCAGCCUUUCUCAAAUGUCAUUUCACGGUUGUCAGAGAUAUGGGUUUCGACCUUGUCAUGUUGAUUUCCUCCCUUAUUUUUGGUGCUGUCUUUUGCCAAUCUCUCUUACUGGUGACAAUGAUAUGUUUAUCUUCUGCUUUUGUAGUAACUCUCUUUCAUCCAGGUCUUUUUCUAUCAUCAUAACCUCCAGGUUCCUCUAGUUUCUUCAGAGUGUGGUGGACUUCUUUGUUAAACACCUUUAGGCGUUUUGCAAUUUCUCUUUCUGUGUAUCCUAAAUGUACAAAUAUGUACUUUUGUUUCUUUACUCAGUUGCUUCUUUGUAGCAAUUUUUGCGGUAGUUUGAAUGCAGUUGAGAUUUAUUAGGAUUUUUGUAUGCAGACUCUCAAAAGCCAAAAAGUUGAAGUGAAUAAUCCAACUGUGAUUUGUUUUUUUGCUUUUGCACUAAAGUUGUGACUCUUGCAAAUGUUUUCAACCCUAAAACCAAGCCCUUAUUAUCUUUUGCUGACAUAUAUUUGGCAAUGGUCUGUUAACAUCAAUGUAUAUCUAAAGGUAAAUGGAGUAAAAUGGUGCAUUUCCAUGAAAGCAACGUCUGAUCAUGGAGUAAAUACAUCCCAUAAUACAUACAACUCAUGCUGGAGUGUAAAAAAAGCAUUGUGAACAAAAACUUGAAGUCACUCCCAACUGUUCGGCCUGUAAUGGCCUUGCUUCCAAACUUUUGGCCUGUAGUGUAUAUCAGUCAAUACUCUCGAGGUACUUUAAGUAAGCUAGAUUCUCUUCUUGAUCUCGGAUCCCCACUUGCCAGCAACUGGAUUAUCUCACUUAAAAACAGUCUCAGACUCAGAAGAAAACCUCUGCACAUUGCAGGAGGAAUAUCUCCUGUAACUUACUGUACAAUAAUACAAAAUCACUUUUCUCUAUCUGUAUAAAGGAAACUUGAUUUAAUUCAGCUUUUAAAAUGAAUUACAGUGCUUUAACAUGUACAAUUUACCAUUACACGUUUUUAGACAACUUCACAUGAGUUUCAAACUUUCAAAUUGUAUAUUCCAAAGGUUUGCACUCUGUAAAUGAUAUUAGAAUUACAAAGAUAUUGAAUUUCCCUUUGGGGAUAAAAUAAAUAAAUAUUCUUACUAGCCAUAGUAAAACCAGUUUUCUCUGUCAAUAGUGUAAAACUCUACCUCUUAAUUACUAAAGGGAGAACAAAAUGGAGAUAUCAGUAUCAACUUUGCAAUGGUCUAUAUUUGUGGACUAUGCACUUUCUCUGGUCUUCUGACCACUCAAAGCACUCUACAUCAGAUGCCACAUUCAUCCAUUCACAGCACAUUCACACACUGCUGGAAGAGGCUGAUAUAAAGGUAUGGUUCAUCUGUUUUUUUGACUAAUUGUUUUCACACAACACUGGGCACAGCCAGUGGGUAUGUGGACAGCUCUGGGAUUGGCUCCCUAACCUUAGGAUUGGGAGAUGACCUACUACCAACUAAGCAACAGCUGCCUGAAGCCACCCAUUAGCUGGACCACAAAGUGGAAAAGGUAAUGACAUAUGAAAAUUAGCUCAAGAUCCUGAGAAAACUACUGAAUAGAACUCAUUGUCUCAAUGAGAUUUAAAAUAAAAAAUCAUUUAAUCAUGUCCUUUUAGAGCUUUCAUACUUAUAUGAAUGUUUGUCAAAAAGAUUCACAAACUCCUUUGUGU